CCGGGGUUGAGAUGGCAGCCCUGUACGGCAGCGAGGUGAAAUGCGUCAGCGUGGAAUGGGAUUUCCUGCAAGGCUUAUUAGUGAAGAACCAGCCGGUGCCUUGGUAAGAGGCCUCCAUUUACUGCCUCCCUUCUUGGGGCUACUGGGCAUAAUAUUUCAUAGCCGCUGUGCCAUGGAUUGCGAAGAUCUUAAGUCGAAGUCUUUGCUCAGUCAUGAAGCUGCUCUGUGUUGCAGCCCUAGCCUACCUGGACUAAUUUAGCCAGCUAGCCCUGGUGAUCAUCUAAUGUUUAUUGGAUGGAUUUCCCCCCCUAAAUUGAUUUUUGAAUUCUGAAUUUACUGUUACUCACGUUUUAUACAGUAUUUUGUGCUGUUUUUUGUUGCAUCAAUUCAUAGCUGUCAAUGUUUUCCUUUUUUUAAGGGAAAUUCCCUUAUUCCGAAUAGGAUUCCUCACAAGAAAAGGGAAAAGUUGACAGCUAUGCAUCAAUUAAGUGUUUUAAAUUUAUUGUUAGCUGCCCUGAGCCCGGUUUUCUGAACCGUGAGUACUCUGCGCCAUGAGUACAAAGCCGACCAAGCCAGCAAGACGCUGAGGUGGCCGGCCGCCUCCUCCCUCCUGCGCGCCUAGGACUGGGCAACCGGGGGCGGGGCGCUGGGCGGAUUUUGCACCCGGCGCCGCAUAUGCUUAGGACAGCACUGCUUGGAGGGUUAGCUGGGGCAAACACGCACCCACCCACCCACAUGAGCCACCCUGAACUCCUUAGCGAGCAGUUUUUGCCGUCCAGGCGUCCUGGACUACAACUCCCAUCAGACCCUGCAAGCCCUCAGUUCCUUCUGUCCAUUUUGUGGUGCUCCCUUGUUCUAAAAAAAUGAGCCAAACACGGCAGUCUCAUGUAGAGCAAUGAGGAUUAUGGACGCAUGGCUUGACUGCGUGUGACAGGCCAAACCUACGCCAUGCAUUUAAAGCGCAGGCUUGGCUCCCCCCAAAGAAUCCUGGGAGCUGUAGUUUGCUGAGGGUUGUCUGGGGACCCCCUAUUCCCCUUCACAGAACUAACAUUCCCAGAGUGGUUUUACAAUCCAUCCCUCCUCCCAGGGAACUCUGGGAAUUGUUGCUUUCUGAAGUGAAUACAGGCGUCCCCGAACAACUCUCAACGCUCUUGUCAAGCUACACUUCCCAGAAUCCUUUGCGGGAAGCCAUGUUUGUUUGAAGAGGCACCAAAGUGCUUUAAGUGUGUGGUGCAGGUCAGGGUGGAUUUGAUUUAAAUCAAAUCAAUUUAAAUCAUGAUUUAAAUCACUAGUCAGUAAGACUUAAAUCUCUUUUUUUACAGAAAGACUCAUUCUUGCUGGUAUAAUCUUAAUACAGUGGACCCUCUUGAUCUGAAUGUAAUUCGUUCCAGGGGUUCGUACGUACCCCGAAAAAUCCACAAGUAGAGGCGCCACUUCUGUGCGCGGCGCGAUAGAGCGCUUCUGCACAUGUGCGAAGAGCACUUUUGUGCAUACGCGCGCAGCGAAACCCGGAGGAAUACACGUUACCCUGAGGGGCCACUGUAUUAACAACCAGAUGAAGGUUUCAUUUUUGGAAUAAUAAAUUUUCAGAGUAGUUUUUAGUUAUAUCAAAAAUGACUGAUUUGGUUAUAUUAUUAGAAAUACAUUGACAGAUAAUUAUGAAAUUAUUGUGAGGUUUAAUAAGUUAACUGUUUAUAUUUGGACAACAUUUCUGGUGUACUUUAUUGGAAGGAGAAAAAUAAUCUUUUCCUUAAUAACAAUUUAAACAAUUUAUUUAACUAAAACAAUAACAUUAUAGCAUAUGUAUCCAUGUUUGUUAACUGAUGUGGUGAAACAAUUUUUUUAAAAAAAACACAGACUGAGUUUUAGCACACAUGAAAAACUUAAAUCCUUAUUUCCUGAUGAAUAGCCUUUGGACUAUAAUGUAACUUAAAUAGAAAACUAUCUUUAGAAAGAUUUUCCCUCCAAAAGCACUUUAUUUUAAAAAUCCAAUUUAAAUAAAAAAAAGGCUUUUCCUUUUUUUAAAAAAACAAACCAUUGAUUUUUAUCCACCCGGGUACAGGUGCCUCCUCUGAGACAUUUCAUACAAUAUAACCACCAUCUUUCUCUUAGUAUUUUGAACAGGAACCUCUGAGGAAAAGUGGGGGCUGGGAGAAGCAAAUGGAAACCCUUUUUCACUUUUUGCAGAAGCGAGAUUCCUGCAUUGCAGUGGGUUGGACUGGAUGACCACCGGGGUCUCCCUUCCAACUCUACAACAAUUCUAUGAGUUUAAAGUGUGCCUUGUUGGCCUUUUCUGCCGUUCAUGGCUUGUCUUGCCGCUCUGUGAGCCGGCGAAGGAAGGCGUUGGUUGGCGUUAGGUCAGGGCAGGCCUGUAUGUCCGUCCUGUUCAGGAGGGUGGUGGUUAUUUUUGUGGCUGUUACAAUCCGUAUUUUGUGUUUUUAUACCGGAAGCCGCCCUGUGAUUUUCGGGUGAAGGGGGUGGUAGAUAAAUUUAAUAAAUAAAAAUACAGUCAUACCGCAUGUUACAGAUGCUUCAGGUUGCGUUUUUUCGGGUUACGGGCCCACCGAAACCCGGAAGUACUGGAACGGGUUACUUCCGGGUUUCGCACAUGCGCAGAAGCGCUAAAUCGUGCUUUGCGCAUGCGCAGAAGUGCCAAAUCGCAACCCACGCGUGUGCAGAUGCGCCGCUGCGGGUUGCGAACGUGCAUCCCGCACGGAUCACGUUCGCAACCCGAACUUCCACUGUAAUAACAAUGGUGGUUUUUCCGCAGCCUCCAGGCCCUGCGCAAGGAGAAGUCCCGAAACGCUGCACGCUCUCGCCGGGGCAAGGAGAACUUUGAGUUCUACGAACUGGCCAAGAUGCUGCCGCUGCCCGGAGCCAUCACCAGCCAGCUGGACAAGGCCUCCAUCGUCCGGCUCACCAUCAGUUACCUCAAGAUGCGAGACUUUGCCAACCACGGAGACCCGCCCUGGAGCCUGCGGGCGGAAGGGCCUUCCCCGCCUGGCAAAGGUGGGUGGCAGAUGCGUGUGGAAUUGUCCAUGGGCCAUGAGGGACGGCGACUUGGUUUGUUUUUUUAGCUGUAAGAGGGGCAAUGACCAUCGCCGCCUCUGGAAGGAAGCUGGAGCCAAAGGUUAAGGUCUCCCCCUUGUUUAGAUCCUAAGAAGUUGCCCCCUACCAGGGCAAAGGCAUUGAGGGCUGCCAUACGUCCAGAAUUUCUCAGACAUAGCUGGGUUUUGGCCCUCAUAAACAGCGUCCCAGGUGGAAUUCGCUGAAACGUAAGGGGAAAUCUGGGUUUAUGGCAAUGCAUGCCGGAAGUGUAGAUUUUGGCGAAUCUCCUUGAAAAUUGCUCAAAGCUUCAGCAACAACUUUGGCAAAACAACAGCAAAGCUCAACAACUUGUGUGUUUGUGUAUAUGUGUAUAUACAGACACACACACACACACACUGCUUUUUUCCUAAAAAAAUGUUUAAGGGUACUCUCGUUUUCCUAACCAUAUUGAAAUACUGCCCCUCAAUAAGGCCCAACUUAUAUUCACAAAAUGUUUAGGGGUAUGCGUCCCCCCAGAAAACAAGCAGUGUGCGUGUGUGUGUGUAUAAUUUUUUUAAUUAAGUUUUGUUUUACAAUUUAAAAUACUUCUUUUACAUCCAUAAGAUACCAGUGACUUCCCUUCUUCUCUUUCCACGGUUCAUUUUACAAAUCAUAAAUCCCUGCAUAUUUUACAAAAAAAACCUGUACCGUUCAGUAUUCCAUUAUUGCAUCCAUCAAAACUUGUUUGCACUGUUGAAUUUAUCUCAACGCUGCCAGCCCUCAACAACUUUUGGGUCCAGAUUUUCACUUUUUGGAAUAUGGCAACCCUAUAGUACAGUCUAUUUUGGCUGGCAGUGACUCUCUGGGACCGCUGGUUAGAGGAAGGUCUUUUCCAUCACCUGCUACCGGAUAUCCUUUUACCUGGAAAUUGAAGCAUGGGGACUUCUGUAUGCUCUGCGGCUGAGUUGCGGUUCAUCCCCUCCUGCCGGUCUCUCGCAAGACCGGCGUCCUUCUUGUCGCCCCCUUCCCAUGACACAGUUAAAUCUCGUCUCCCCCAGAGCCUGUCCAUUUCCUCCUCCUCGUCCUCCUCCUCUCCCCGUAUCCCUAAUUCCUCGCAGAAAAGGCCAGGGCGCCGUUUCAUUCCAACACACCCAUGCGCUCGCGCACGCACCGCACAAAGGCGCUUGCCCAGAUAAAAUAGCAUUGAUUAGCCAUGCAAUAAAUCACCAUUUAAAUAAUGCAGCUUCAAAGUGUGUAAUUAAAUAAAUUAACUGCCUUGGAAGAAUACAGGCUUGCAGCAAUUUCUGAUUACUAUCAUUACCCGCGGGGUAAUUAUCAGCCAAAUAACGAGUGUUCCAUGAAAUAGGGAUAAACAUCUGCCUAUUGUCUGGAGAGGCUUGGGCGAGGCGCUGUCCGUUCCCCCCCCCCCUUCCUGCACCCCCUUUGCCUCUUCCCCCCCUCCUCAAUGAGCAAAUUCCAGCACUGAGAAAGGGGCACUUUGCUGUUGAGCCGAACUCUGCACCCCACCCCUAGGCACCCAGUUUGCAAGAGGAGCCAAAAUCUCUGCAGAGUGAAUUCUGUUAAUGAUCAGCUAGGAAAAAUGAGCGCUGAGAACUUUAUAAAACUAUGGAAGGGCUUUUCCCCUAUUGUUCUGCUGCAGCUGUGUCCUGGAAGAGGGUUUAAAAAUAGAGAGUGGUGUUGGAGGGCCAAAGCGGGGUCAGAACAGAGAAUUAGGAUGCUCGAGUGCUUAAUUUAUGGGCAGAGUGUGCUGUGUGAGUUCGCUUUUUACAAUGAGGGCUAGUAUAAUAGUAUGUGGAUAGCAGUGUGGAAAUUGAUGUUUGGGCCCUGAACUGUGGAGAGGGUAAUACUAGUAGCUGGGAGUGGCAGCUUUCAUCCAGUGAAAUUGACGGGCAGUUGGUUCAGGGUGGGCAGAAGGAAAUAUUGGUCACACAACAAUGCACAAUUAACUUGUGGAACUCACUGCUUCAAGAUGUGUGUGAUGACCGCUACCUUACAUGCCAUUUUUUAUUUUUAAAGGUUUAGGCUAAUUCUUUUAAGAGGGAAAGGACUGCUACCUUAGAUGUCCUUUUUAAAGGUUUAGGCCAUUUCUUUUAAGAGGGAAAGUCUAUUCGCCACUCUGAGAUAGCUCCAUGGAGCCUCCAGCCUUGGGAAUAGCAUAUCUCUGAAUAUCAGGUGUUGGAUCCACAGGGGAGAGCUGUUGCCUUCACGCCUUGCCUGGGGAACCUGUGUCCCACCCCAGAGAUGUUGCUGGACUAGAACUCCCACCAGCACCAGCCAGCACGGCUGGGAGUUAGAGCCCAACAUUGCAUUGAAGGGGGUUGGACUAGAUGACCCUUAGGUCCCUUCAAGAAGUACGGUUCUCUAAUUCUAACAUAACUGUUACAGGUUCCUUUUUUCUGGAACUUUGGGUGCAACUCAGCUUGCAAAAGAGGGGUUAAGACAGGUAGAGUUUGGGACCUCCAGAUCCCCAGAUCAUCCCUGUUUCUUUAACUUCUUGCACUGACCUGUUCCUCCUCCUCAAGCUUCUCUUGGAGUUGACCAAACAGUUUAACUUGGACAUUUCCACCAAGCAAAAACUAAUUAAUCUGAUUUAAUUAAUUAAUCAGAUCUGGCGAGAGGGGUGGGGAGGUGGAGUGGGAAAUCUGUUUUUAAAGAAGGCGCUUAACAAAAACUGCAGCUUCCUUUUUCCAUGGUACUGCCCGCUGCUACAAUAUCACAGGAACAUAACAAGGUGCCUUAUGCAGUCAGACCUCUAGCUCAGUAUUCUCUGCAGCAACUCUCCAGGGUUUCAGGAAAGUGCAAAUGUCCUGUUUGCCCCUGGUCCCUGGGAGGAUUGUGUCUCUCUGAGCCUCAGUGUUCCCCAGCUGUAAAAUGGGACUUCAUGCAUACCAGUGUUUGCAGAACUUUCCCACUUCAUAAAACUGAAUCUCGCAGCCCCUUUCUUUCUCACCUGCAAAACAUAAAUAUUAAUUGGUUUUUCGAUGCAACUCUGCUGGCAGAUUUUCUAAUUUUCUGCAAGGAUCUCUGAUCUUAGUCACUUGGGUGAAGAUCCAUCCUGGCUACAGGACAGCCAAGUGUUUAGACUUAAGAGGGGCCAGGGAGGAAGGGUAAUGGGUUCGAUUCCUGAUCCCUGAGUCAGGCAUUUUGUGCUUGGUCCUUCACCUUCCGCCCCCCAUUAUUUUGUACUUCACUUGGCUCUGAUUGGCGGGUGCUAACCCAAUACAUUUUGCUGCCUAAGGUGGAGCAGAAAACAUACCCCGCAAGCGUCCCAAGAAAAAGCAGGACAUUCCGUUUUCUCAUGCGAGAGCAUGGCUGCCCUUUAGGGUGCUGUGAUUUUGCACUGAGAUCUCACAGGAAGACGUGUGGGUGUGCAGAAAAUGGUCCGUCCCAUUUUCUGCUUCUCCUACUCAAAUUGCAAAUUGAUGUACAGUGGUACCUCGGGUUAAGUACUUAAUUCGUUCCGGAGGUCCGUUCUUAACCUGAAACUGUUCUUAACCUGAAGCACCACUUUAGCUAAUGGGGCCUCCUGCUGCCACUGCGCCGCCACUGCACGAUUUCUGUUCUCAUCCUGAAGCAAAGUUCUUAACCUGAAGUACUGUUUCUAGGUUAGCGGAGUCUGUAACCUGAAGCGUAUGUAACCCGAGUUACCACUGUAUUUUUCGCUCCAUAAGAUACACCUGACCAUAAGACGCACCUAGUUUUUAGAGGAGGAAAGGGGGAAAGCCCCGUUUUUGUAUUGUUUUGUAUUGUUUUCUUGUUGUUAGCCGCCCUAAGCCUGGCUUCGGUUGGGGAGGUCAGGAUAUAAAUAAAAAUUUAUUAUUAUUAUUAUUAUUAUUAUUAUUAUUAUUAUUAUUUUGGCGGGGAUCAGCUCGCAGUUGUGCAGCUUCUUUUGCAAAGGGGAAAAGCCCCUUCUUUUGAGGAUCAGCUCAGAGUUGUUGAGCUUACUUUGCAAAGGGAAAAAACCCCUGUUUUUAUGGUGUUCAACUCACAGUUCUGCAGGUUCUUUAGGACAGGAAAGGGAGCCAUUUCUACAGUUUCCAGACAGAUAAUCUAAUCAGCCAGUCACAUGUCGCUGGGGAAACAAACAGCCUCCGUCUGCAGAACAUUCAACAAUGGAGGCCGGGGCAACAGGGCAGGGCCAGAAAGGGAGCCAGCGAUCGACCACACAUUCGCUCCAUAAGACGCACAGACAUUUCCCCUUACCUUUUAGGAGGAAAAAAGUGCGUCUUCUGGAGCGAAAAAUACAGUAAAUUAAGGCUGGCUGAGUUACUUUGACACUUGAGGUAGAAAAUCUGCCCAAGCACCUUAUCCUGGGAGUGAAAAUGCCAGAAUCGUAAGUUACAUAACGAUUUGCAGCCACGCCAUACACUUAACACACCAUGAUUCCACAUUAAACAGUCGUGGCUUCCCCCCAGAGCGGCCUGGGAGCUGUAGUUUGCGAAGGGUGCCGAAAGUUGCUAGCAGACCCCGCUGGUCCUCUCACAGAGCUGCAAUUCCCAGAAUGAUUUAACGAUUGAUCCUUCUUCCCAGGGAAUUCUGGGAAUUUUAGUUCUGGGAAGGGAAUGGUGGUGGUGGGGUCUCCCCACAGCACCGUUAAAAAACUACAGUUCCCAGAAUUCUUUGCAGGCAGCCUUGGUAAACAGUACAGUGGUACCUCAGGUUAAGUACUUAAUUCGUUCCGGAGGUCUGUUCUUAACCUGAAACUGUUCUUAACCUGAAGCACCACUUUAGCUAAUGGGGCCUCCUGCUGCCACCACACUGCCACCGCAUGAUUUCUGUUCUCAUCCUGAAGCAAAGUUCUUAACCUGAAGCACUAUUUCUGGGUUAGCGGAGUCUGUAACCUGAAGCGUAUGUAACCUGAAGCGUAUGUAACCCGAGGUACCACUGUACUUAAAAUCUAUGGUGCAGACAUGCCUUGAAUUUGACUGCCUGAGGUGAGUGCCUCCCUCUGCCUUAUAAUUGUGCUGGUUCUGAGUGGACCUUGGAGUUUUAGAGGAAGAAAAAGAAUGCAGGUCCCAGAAGCGUGAAUUUCACCUGUCCUCAAAUAACAACCCGUAAAACUUAAACACUUGCAAAUGUCGCCUCUGGGCAGAAGCAACUAGAACCCAGGAAUCCUGACUUGCAGCACCUUGCCUGACGGGCAAAUUAUUCUCUCUCUCUUCUCUCCCCCCCCCCAACAACCCCCAUCCUCAAAAGAGGCUGUUGGCCAGCGAUUUCCCCUGUACUAAUUACCAUCUUUGACCCGGGGCCAAUUUCCUAAUCAAUCGCAUUAGCGCAAUUAGCAGCAGUUUUUAAUGCCGCCAGCAAAGAUCUUCCCGGGGCUUAGCCAGGGAAAAAUAUUAAGGUCAUGUUGAUUAAUCAAUCAGCGGUUUAUUAAAACAUCUGGAGGGAGACCAAUUGUUUAAAUUGGCCCUAAUUUGACAAGUAAAAUGGAGCCUGAUUUUUCAGUUCUCUUCCCGCCCCCACCCCCCAGUCACCCAGUGUGGAAGAAAUGGGAUGAAGGAAGGGGUGUGGGGGACAGCAAGCAUAAAACUGAAUUUGCUUAGGGUUAUUUUAUGGGGCCUUGAGUGUUUGCAGUGCUCUGCAGAGUGCAAAGGGGACAUGUUCCUGCUGCCUAGUUGCUUACGAUCUAAAAUUUGACAUGGGGGAAAUGAGAGAAGGGAACCAGGAGGGUUUGGAAGUUCUGCUUUAAUAUUUCUUGUAAACCCCUGGAGGUCUUACUACGAUCCGGAGGUAUGUGGGUUUUGCAAAAUAAAUAAAAAGAGUGUUUGGAAGCUCCCUCAUAGCUGUCAACUUUCAGAUUUGAAAAUAAGGGAUCAGCAGCCUCGAAAAUAAGGGAUCAGCAGCCUCACCUGUCCCGGGGACAGUCUACAGGAUAUCUAACAAUCCGGGAUAGCAGCGGGAAUCAGCGAGAAACGGCGCUGGAAUAAGGGAAUUUCCCGCAAAAAAAGGGAAGGUUGACAGCUAUGAGCUCCUUCCUUGUCCCUCGCGAGAGAUCAGGCUCCGAAUUAAAGUUUGCCCCGUCUAGGUGACAGAGUUGUGGAGUAUCACCAAACACGAGGUUGCCCUUGAAGGCACAGACAGGAAAUUCAUUCCGAUUUAUCCAGAAUGCAGCCUGCAGGAUAUUUUGUUCGGAGCAAGCAGGUCACAUCACAUUAGGCCAGUCCUUGACCAGCUGCCUUGUUGCCAAUUCAGUUUCUGAGUUUAGUUCAAGGAGCUCCCUUUCAACCGUUAACGCCCUGCCUAAAAGGAGCUGUAGUUUGCAAAGGGUGCUGGGAGUUGUUAGGAGCUGCUGUUCCCAGAGGGAAGAGGGAUUCAACCGCUCUGGGAAUUGUAGCUCUGGGAGAGGGGAAUGGGUGGGUGUGUGUGUUUCCCAACACCUCUCAGCACCCUUAAUUAACUAUAGUAGUACCUUGGUUCUCAAACGCCUUGGUACUCAAACAACUUGGAACCGAAACACUGCAAACCUGGAAGUGAGUGUUCUGGUUUGCGAACCUUUUUCAGAAGCUGAACGUGCUCCGUUUUGAGUGUUACGCUUCCGAUUUGAGUGCCACACAUCCGUUUUAAGUGUUACACUGAGGUCUGUGUGUUUUUGCUGUUUAUUUUGCGUUUUUGUUUUUGCGGCUCUUUUUUGUUUUGUUUCUGCAACUGUGUGGAACCCGGUUCAGCUACUGAUUGAUUGAUUGUGUGACUGCAGCACAUUUUUUAUUGCUUCCAUCUUAUGGAUCAAUGGUCUCGUUAGAUAGAAAAAUCCAUGUUAAAUUGCUAUUUUGGGGGUUGUUUUUAAAAGUGGUGGAACAGAUUAAUCCAUUUGCAUUACUUUCUGUGGGAAAACGUGCCUUGGUUUUGGAACGCUUUGGUUUUGGAACGGAGUUCUGGAACGAUUAAGUUUGUGAACCAAGGUACCGCUGUACAGGUCCCAUAAGUCUUUGGGGGGAAGCUGUGGCUGUUUAGAGUGGAAUCACAGUGCUUUAACAUUUGUGAUGCUUUAUGUAGCCAGAGAGACUGUCCUGAGCAGCAGCCCCUGACAGAUGACACCCAAGGGAAUGUAGCCCCUGAUGGAAGCAAAAAUUCCUGUCUCCGAUCGGUGUACACAAUGGGUGUCUCGUGCACAGAAUCAAAAAAGAGAGACAUGAUCUAAGAGCCCACCCAGGGGCAUCAUUUAGUUGCCUAUCCUUACGUUCAAAGCUUUUCUGAUUUUUAUCUGUGUUUCAGUCACGAUAGUUUCAUAGAAUUAUAGAUUUUGAAGGGGACCUAAAGGCUCAUCAAGUCCAACCCCCUGCAGUGCAUGUACAUAAAUUUGUUUUUUGAAUGGUCUUGUAGAUUUCAGCUCCUGUUUUGUCUGCAGCUCCUUUUGCACACCAUUAGCGAUCUCUUUCAUUAAGCCCUUCGCGAAUCUUCCAAAUGAAUGAGCACGUAAGGGGGAGACGAGUUUGACAGCUUGAAAAUGUUUAUUUCUUCCUUGCAACAGGGAAACUUUCGCCUGUACUUUGCCUGAAUGUGGGUCAGACGAUCGGGAGCUGGAGAAAACUGCCCUUGGCUGGCCCAGUUUUGCCUGCUGGUGGCCGACUCCCUGUUCUUAAAUCGUUGCAUUUUGCAGUUUCACCCUGCAUUCUUAUUUUCGUCAUGCAUUCUCAUUUUAAUAGCACCAUCGCUGCAUGCAUGACAAUGCGCCCAGCAGUGCGAACAGAGGGAGAGCCCUUUCCCAGAAGAGCUUAUAACAGAAAGAGUUGGGGAAGGAGGGGAGAGGCGAAAGAACACAACAGCUGAAUAUGGGCAGAUCCAGUGGGGCUGCUGUUUGACAGCCCAUGCAGCUGGCCUCUCUACCCAGCCUCUUCGGGACCCCGGACAGAAGUCCUUCUCCUGACCCAGGGGCAUUUUCUCCACCUUCUCCCUCUGCCUGUAUUGGAGAAGGGCUGCGUCUCAGUGACAGGACACCUGCUUUGCAUGCAGAAGGUCCUUGGCAGCGUCUCCAGGCAGGGCUGGGAAACGGCCCCUGCCUGAAACCAUGGAGAGCGGCUGCUGCCAGUCAUUGCGGGCAACAUUGAGGUCUGUGGAAGCAGCUCCCUGUGUUUCCAUUUCCCGUUACCUCCCUUGCGUGCGACUUUUCCUUCUCAAGCGUCGCUGCCCUCGGUCAUGUUCUGGAUGGGGCGGUGGGGGUGUCUGUUCGCACUUGGGGGUUAGAAGUGCUCUAAAAGAGGAUUGGACAAAUUCACAAGAGGGUAAUAAUAUAAUAAAUAAAUAGUAAUAAUAAUAAUAAUAAUAAUAUUUAUAUCCCGCCCUCCACAGCUGAAGCCGGGCUCAGAGCGGCCAACAACAAUAGAAGCAACACGGUUCACGUAAAAUCACAAUCAAUCAAUAGAAAUGCAUUCUAAAAUCAAUUCAUUCUAAAAUCAAUUCAGAAUCAAAUUAAUGGCAACCAUUGGGCUAGAGUUCUGUGAGGAUUACCAAGGGAAGGGGUCAAACUGCUCCUUGGCCAAAGGCCUGGUGGAACAGCUCCAUCUUGCAGGCCCUGCGGAAAGAUGUCAAGUCCCGCAGGGCCCUAGUCUCUUAUGACAGAGCGUUCCACCAGAUCGGGGCCACGGCCGAAAAAGCCCUGGCUCUGGUUGAGGGCAGCCUAACCUCCUUGUGGCCUGGGACCUCCCUGAUGUUUUUGUUUGAAGACCGUAAGGUCUUCAGCAGGGCAUACCAGGAGAGGCGGUCCCGUAGGUACAAGGGUCCUAGGCCGUGAAGGGCUUUAAAGGUUAAAACCAGCACCUUAAACCUGAUCCUGUACUCCACUGGGAGCCAGUGCAGCUGGUAUAGCACUGGGUGAAUGUGAUCCUGCGGCAAGGACCCCGUAAGGAGUCUCGCCGCGGCAUUCUGUAAGGCUGUCAGUGAGGCUCUGCUUCCACGGUUGGAGGCGGCAAAGCUUCUGAACACCAGUCGCUGGAAACCAUAGGAGUAGAGAGUUGAUCUUGUGCUCAGGUCUUGCUUGUGUGCUUCCCAUGGGAAGCAUCUCUUUGGCCACUGUGAGAACAGGAUGCUGGCCUGGAAGGGCUAUUGGCCGGAUCCAGCAGGUUCUCCUUAUUAUCUCAGACAGAUUUCCCCCAGCAAGGUGCUUCUUACGUCCUUGCUCUCUUCCCCAGUAAGCAGACCACGGCCGUGGGUGUGAGAGACAGACAGAGAGAGAUGGAUGGACCUGGGUGCGUGAUGAUUUAGGCACCCGGCGUUUGCCAUCAAGUCCCUUGGCUGCACGCCCUGUCCUCUCGCUUCUCAGUGGGUACCGAAUCGCCCUCAGCCUGGCAGAGAGCCAGGUGCCAGCCCCAAACUCAGUUGCUGAAGCCCAGCCUUACCACGACUCCUGUCUCUUCCACCCCCAACCAGCCCGGUGGAGGGAGGGAGGUGGAAGAAUGUCUGAUCCCUCAAUUUCCCCCCUUGCAAGAGUGACUCGCCCACGCUUGGCCUCCAUCCAUGGUUGCGCCACCCCCGGGCCACUCAAUCUAAUUGACCCAGAUUGCCUCACGUUGGCUGGAUGUGUGGAGUCCCCCUUGUUCCCGGCUGAUGUUUGAGUCGGAAGACAGGGUACUUUUGGCUUGCAGAGUAGGAGCAAGAAGACAGGCGAGGGCUGGCUGGAGUGCGGAUUAUGGGAACAAAGUGAGCAUAAGUUUAGCGCCACCCGUCUUGCCCCUAUGCCCCCUUCUUCUUCUUCUUUUAUACAUUUUAAUUGGUUUUUUAAUAUAUCAUUUCCAGCAGUCGUAUAACAUAACUUCUUAUCUUAUACAAUGUAUUAGACUUCCAUCAACACCUCUGAUGAUUUUUCGUUCUUAUCACUUACUCUGCAUUUCUAAAUUUCUCUAUUACUCUUAAUUGUUAUUAACUAAUAAUUCCCCCAUAGUCUUUCUUGCAAUAUUUCAAAUCAUCCUCCUUACAAAACUUCUUGCAGUCCUACCAGCGUAAUCUGUUCAUUACAAUUACUUUUCAAAUAGUUCAUAUAUUUACUCCAGUCUUCUAAGAAUCUCUGAUUCCGCAGGUUUCGGAUCCUUCCUGUUAAUUUAUCUAAUUCUGCAUAGUCCAUCAAUUUCAUCCUCCAUUCUUCUUUCGUCGGUAAUUCUUCUUGCUUCCAUUUUUGUGCCUAAUGCCCCCUUCUUGUGCUGCUGGUGCUGGUGGCUGGCGACCUUGAUGCUUUAUUUUAAUCCUGGUCAUCCUCUAAGGAGAACUUUGUUCUUAUAUCCUCACAGCAACCCUGCCAUGAUGGCUAAGGUGAGAGACAAGUGACUGGCGCAAGCUUUACGACUGAGGACAGAUUUGAACCCAGGUCUCUCCAGUACUAAUCGGGCGCUCUGCCCACAACAUGGUGCUGACCUUGCUUGGCAUGUUUCUCUGCCGCAGCUUCGCACUGCAGCUUCGCUCCUUCUCAAUAUUAGGUCCCCACCUGCCAAAUGGGGGAUACAGACCUACCUGGCCAGGCUGUUGUGAGGUUUGCUGAGGAUGCAUGGAAAAGGUUCCACAGCUGUGUAUAAAGACUAAGCAAGUGCUUACGACUUUGCAUGUGGUCUUCCCUGGAGAUGUUGUUGUUGUUUAGUCGUUUAGUCGUGUCUGACUCUUCAUGACCCCAGAGCACACCAGGCACUCCUGUCUUCCACUGCCUCUCGCAGUUCGGUCAAACUCAUGCUGGUAGCUUCAAAAACACUGUCCCACCAUCUCGUCCUCUGUCGUCCCCUUCUCCUUGUGCCCUCAAUCUUUCUCAACAUCAGGGUCUUUUCCAGGGAGUCUUCUCUUCUCAUGAGGUGGCCAAAGUAUUGGAGCCUCAGCUUCAGGAUCUGUCCUUCCAGUGAGCACUCAGGGCUGAUUUCCUUCAGAAUGGAUAGGUUUGAUCUUCUUGCAGUCCAUAGGACUCUCAAGAGUCUCCUCCAGCACCAGAAUUCAAAAUAUCCCUUCAGAUAUUUUCCAGUAAUUCCCUGCAGGCAUUUUCCACAGAGAGCCCCAGAGUUCCAGGAACUGAUCUUGGGAUCUUUUGGCCAGGUGGCACAGAAUAUUAUUCCCUCCAUUCUUCUUCCUACUGUCGCCCUCCCACCUCCAAAUUAUGAGGCAUCGGUUCGACCCCUUCCCAGCUAACUUUGCCAGCAAGGAGCCAAGAGACGGGUUUGCUCUUUGCCUUUCAGCUGCAGCUAAUUCUCCCGCUGCUCCGACUGCGCAAAAGGGGGUUUGCAGCUGCUCGGCCGUAAUCCGCCGCGAUUCCACUGGCUUUAUUCUCCCACAUAAUUACACACUUGGGGGAAGAAUUCAGUGAUUACUCCAGCUCUGGACGACUCUCUUUUUUGUGACUCCAAUAAUCCCGCCAGAUUUUGACAUUAACCCCCUCGCGGCUUCUGCUUCUUCUUCUUUUUUGAAAGGGGGAAGGAACGCUUCCCUCCCCCUUACACUUUUGCCGGAAGAAGGGAGACUCCGCUGAAUUAGGAAAGGAUAAUAUUCCGUGCCCUCCAAAAUGUUUGGCGGUUAUAGUAGUGUGUGCAGGAUUCAGCCUCCAUUUUUCUGGGUCUGUUGUUUGCAACGAAAGAUACUCUCAGCCCUCACGGGUACAGUGGUACCUCGGGUUACAGAUGCUUCACGUUACAGACGCUUCAGGUUACAGACUCCGCUAACCCAGAAACAGUACCUUGGGUUAAGAACUUUGCUUCAGGAUGAGAACAGAAAUCGUGUGGCGGUGGCAGCGGGAGGCCCCAUUAGCUAAAGUGGUACCUCAGGUUACGAACAGUUUCAGGCUAAGAACGGACCUCCAGAACGCAUUAAGUUCUUAACCCGAGGUACCACUUUUCCAGGGAGAAAAGUACCACUUUUAGAAGGAGAAGCCUGCAACUGUGCAGGCAGCUGACCUCUGAAAUCUGAGGGGUGGGAGCUGAGCAGGUUUUAAAGUAAUCAAGGAUGGAUUUGGGGCCUUGCUUCUCUAGAGAGCCAGUGUGGUGUAGUGGUUAAGAGUGGUAGUCUCGUAAUCUGGUGAACCGGGUUCGCAUCUCCUCUCCUGCACCUGCAACUGCUGGGUGACCUUAGGCUUCUCAGCCCCACUCACCUCACAGAGUGUUUGUUGUGGGGGAGGAAGGGAAAGGAGAAUGUUAGCCGCUUUGAGACUCCUUCAGGUAGUGAUAAAGCGGGAUAUCAAAUCCAAACUCUUCUUCCCCACCCGCAAGUAGAAUAAAUCAUGCCAGAUGCAUAGCAAUGGGGGCAAAUGUGAUAUAUAAAUGUGAUAUACAUGGAUAUCUGUCUUAUACUGAAUCAGACCAUCUGGCUCAUUAUUGUCUGCACUGACUGGUAGCUGUUCUCCAGCGGUUCAGGCAGGGGUGUCUCCCAGUCCUAUCUAGAGGUGCUGCUGCAUUUGAACCCGAGGCAUUCCACAUGCAAGCUUCUACCACCGAAAUCCAACCCUUCCCCACAGGAGUUCCAGCUUGGCCCCUCGACUGUGGGUGCCCGGGGGCUGUGGGUGCCAUGCAACAUGCAUGGCCCUGGCGCCAAAAUUUGUGGGUGCCCGACCCCUUCAUGGGGAAUUUUGUGGGUGCUCCGAGCCCCAGGGAGCUGUCACCUAUGCUUCUCCAUUUGAAAUUGAAAAGCUACUUGGUUAUAGCUGGGACCUCCAGAGCAGGCACAGGCAAACUUGGCCCGCCAGAUGUUUUGGGACUACAACUCCCAUGAUCCCUAGCUAACAGGACCAGUGGUCAGGGAGGAUGGGAAUUGUAGUCCCAAAAACAUCUGGAGGGCUGAGUUUGCCUGCUCCAGAGUGUGGCCUGGCAUAGAAUGAGGUCCAUUUCUGAGCCAAGAAAGCUUAACUUUUGGAAAAGGGGGGGAAAGGGUAAGUUACUUCUUUUUCUGAAGAAGGGUAUCAGGGGACUUGCAGAUGAUGCAGACACAGUUCACCCAUUUAUUUAUUUAAAAAAUUCUGGCCCCCAAAACAGGUGUUCCCUUAAUUUUUCAGAUUUUCAGAUUUCAUUUUUUUCAUCCAUGAGAGCUUUUAUGAGGAUUGCUGAGCAGAGUUUGCCCAUCAGUACAAAUGAGAAAAUAUAUGCAGAUGUGCCUAAUUUUUACAGAGUGCAAAAAUUAGUUUUGGCUUUACACAGAUUGCGCCCCCCCCAAAACCCUUGCAGUUUAGAUAGCAGUGUAACCCAGAAUGGUAGUAAGGAACUGGCAAAAAUCUACCAUGGAUUAAAAGCAGUGUCAAUCAGGAUAUGAUGGGGAUCGGAUGUGGGUCAAAGCAACAACUGCUUAAUAAUAUUUUGGCAGCUUGAGUGGAGUUUGGAAGGCAGGGGCUCUUAAUUUUGUUGGGUUUUUUUCAGGUUUCCACCUUGAAUCUGGUGAUCUUUAGCUUCUUCAGAAUCUGUGGCUUCUUAAACAUACCGCUCUUUUGAAGCAAGCUCCUUGUCCUCUUGGGGGUAUGAAAGCCUCCACUAAGUCAGGGAGUUAAGAGCUCCCAGUAUGUUUCUGAGCACAAUUCAAAGUGUUGGUGCUGACCUUCAAAGCUCUAAAAGGCCUUGGCUCAGUUACUCCCAUCGUUCAGCCCGGACACUGAGGUCCAGCUCCAAGGGCCUUCUGGCGGUUCCACACUGCGAGAAGUGAAGUUACAGGGAACCAGGCAGAGGGCCUUCUCGGUGGUGGCGCCCUCCCUGUGGAACACCCUCCCACCAGAUGUCAAGGAGAUAAACAACUGCCUGACUUUUAGAAGACAUCUGAAGGCCACCCUGUCUAGGGAAGCUGUUAAUGUUCAAUGCUUUAUUGUCUUUUUAUAUCUGUUGGAAGCUGCCCAGAGCAGCUGGAACAACCCAGUCAGAUGAGUGGGGUACAAUUGUUGUUGUUGUUGGCCUCCAAUCAGGUUCCACUAUCCCUACACCAACUGCUACUCCUGAGUUACCUUUCCUCUUGAUGCCAGAGGAACGAUCUUGCAAAAUAUUUGCUCUGAUUUAGUUAGCACAGCUGUCCUGCUACUUCCACCUGCAGUAGCUUCUUUAAGAAAACACUGGGUUUUGUAACAGGAGGGAGUCCAUUCUUAAAAUUGUGUGUGUGUUUUCUAAUCAGAGUUGGAGAACUGGAUUCACUAUAUACUUUUCUCUCUGAUUGGGACUGCCCUUUGCCAUAAGGUCCCAGGGUGGGUUCCAACAAGGUGAAAACACAAUAUUUAAAUCGGAGGAAACAAUUUACAAUCAGAAGGUGGGGGGAAAUUAUAUCUCGAGUGUCAAAGGCCAGUGCGGUGAGAUGGAAAUAACAAAUUCAAAUAAGCAGUUCCAGAAGAUAACAAAUGAAACAGGAGUUUCCAGCUACCUCUUGCUUAAGAACACAGAUGAAACAGUUUUAACACAUAUGGGAUGGGAGAUGCCUCUUGUGAGGUGACUCAACAGCUUGGGUGCCACCACUAAAGAGGCCCCGUCCCUGGUACCUGCCUGUCUGACCUGCAAAAGCAAGAGCAGGGCCUUUGGUGAUCUCAGAAAGUGGGUGGGCUCAUUGAGAAAGGAGCCGUCCGUUUGCUUAUUUAUUUUUUAUUAAAUUUGUUAGUUGCUUUGUCUUGCCCAGGGAAAACCAAAGCAGCAAACAAACAAGCAGAUUUUUAGAAAACCCACUUAGAUGCUUUGAAGGCAAGAGGAAAGAGAAAUAGUGUAAAAACAUCCACUUCUGAAAGGCCACAGAUAGUCGAAGGCCAAAGGCCUGGUUAUAGAGGAAGGUUUUUGCCUGGCCCUUAAAAAAUAUAUGUAAGUGUGGUGUAGUGGUUAAGAGCGGUAGUCUCCUAAUCUGGGGAACCGGGUUCGCGUCUCCGCUUCUCCACAUGCAGCUGCUGGGUGACCUUGGGCCAGUCACACUUCUUUGAAGUCUCUCAGCCCCACUCACCUCACAGAGUGUUUGUUGUGGGGGAGGAAGGGAAAGGAGAAUGUUAGCCGCUUUGAGACUCCUGAAGGGGAGUGAAAGGCAGGAUAUCAAAUCCAAAACUCUUUUUCUUCUUCUCUUCUUCUAAUGAAGGUACCAGGCAAACCUCCUAGGGAGAGCAUUCCACAGAUAGGAAGCCACAUCAGAAAAGUCCCUGUUCUCGUGUUGCCGCCUUCCUGACCUCUCGUGGAGGGGGCACACAAGGAAGGGCGUCAGAUGAUGACCGCAGGGUCUGGGUCAGUUCAUAGGGGGAGGGGCGGUCCUUGAGGUGUUGGGGUCCUGAGCCGUUUUAUACGUCAAAACCAGCACUUUGAAUUGGGCCCGGAAACUAAUUGGUGGAGCUCAGCAAAUAGAGACUCGGCUUCUAAAUGGCUGCGGGGCAGGAAUCUGGCUGCCUUAGAACAACCCUUUACUCUGGUUCCCUUAGAACAACCCUUUACUCCUGAUAAGGAAAAUUUCGGGUUGAGAGACUACUCAACAGCCCGGCUCGCCGGGAUACAGGUCCCCCACGGGUCCAUGCGGUCAGUAAAAGAAGGAAAUUCCAGCCAAGUACCGUAUUUUUCGCUCCGUAAGAAGCACCUGACCAUAAGAUGCAACUAGUUUUUAGAGGAGGAAAACAAGAAAAAAAAAAUUUGGAACGAAACAGUGGAUGUAUGAUUUUUGUGGUUCAUGCUGUGGCCACAGACAUGUGAUUUGACGGUGAGUUUGGGGUAGCCCAAUGCAAAAAUCCUAAGAAUCCAUGUGGAUCCGUGCUUUGUAACCACGUUUUUGUGCCAUUGCAUGAUCUGCUUUUCGCCCCUGGGCAAUUCAGCUUCAGGGACCAUGCAUUUGCUCCAUAAGACGCAUAGACAUUUCCCCUUACUUUUUAGGAAGAAAAAAGUGUGUCUUAUGGAGCGAAAAAUACGGUAAUUUGGAGCAAAACAGCAGUCAGUAGACUUAUAUCCUUUAUUGUUGCGCAGCAGGUUCAAACUUCCCACAAUAUCCCAGAAUACAGUUCGUACAGCAUCAUUGAUACAUCAUCUUUCGUGUCCUCACACUUGAGGGAUUAUGGCAGGAGGUGCCAGGGGGAAGAGUCCUUGUUCCAAGGGCAAAAUGGCGUAGGAAUGGAGGAACUUGGCAAAGGGGUUGAUUUCAUAUGAUUUAUAAAGCUAGGUAUCUUCCCUGAGCUGUCAAGUCAGAAGGAUACAUUCAGGCAUAAUAUUUGUAACAUUUAACAGCUUUAAAGAUGUGCCCCCUGCCCUGUAAUUUCUGUAACACUCCCCUCCAUAGAAGUGAAUGGUGACCCUUCUCUCCUGUGUGCCAUUUGCUCCCCUGUAAGUCAGCAAAAAGUCCAGGAUGUGAGCAGGCAGGCCUUGCGCUGUUAGGUCUUAGGCGUAGCAAAAUAAAUUCAUUUAAAUAGAGCUUCCUCCUGCUGUGGAAUGGAGGGAGGGGAAAAAUAACAUGUUUUAAGAGAUUAAGAACCAUUGUUCAGUGGAGGGUGAAAUAUUAUGAUUAUUGCACGUUGACAGGACAAAAUUACUGUGUGGAUUGCGGUUGUGAUGGUGCUUGCAUGUGCUGUCCACCCCCCCAUCUUCCUCCCCUACUGUGGGCCUUGUUUUCGCACAAUGCACACCGCGGAAUCAGUUCUUCGGUUGCUGUUUUCGUUCAGGUGUGGCUGUAGGCUGCCUUUGGGCUGCUUCUCCGCUAACACUGGAGCACAUGAGCGCUGCAUCAAAUUCCUUAAUUUAUUUGGAAAAAAGUAAGUUCCUAGACCUCAGUGUGGCCACAUGGAGAUUUAGGAAAGUCAUUUCUGCACUGGGCUCCGUCUUUAACUCUCUUCCCCCCACCAAACUCGGAAGCUGCGAAAGGAAAGGGGGGAAACCGAACCCCCAAAGGCAGUGCAAGAAUUUAGGACAGAGAUAAAGCUCAGGUAUCAGGAACCUGUGGCUAUCCACAGAUGUGGCUGGAUUCUGUCACCCCCGAGACCUGGCUGGGGCCGAUGGGCCUGGAGACCAACACUAGGCCACUCAUUCUCACAACAGCCCUGAAAGGUGUUGUUGUUGUUGUUGUUGUUGUUGUUGUUUAGUCGUGUCCGACUCUUCAUGACCCCAUGGACCAGAGCACGCCAGGCACUCCUGUCUUCCACUGCCCCCCGCAGUUUGGCCAAACUCAUGCUGGUAGCUUCGAGAACACUGUCCAACCAUCUCCUCCUCUGUCAUCCCCUUCUCCUUGUGCCCUCCAUCUUUCCCAACAUCAGGGUCUUUUCCAGGGAGUCUUCUCUUCUCAUGGGAUGGCCAAAGUAUUGGAGCCUCAGCUUCAUGAUCUGUCCUUCCAGUGAGCACUCAGGGCUGAUUUCCUUAAGAAUGGGUAGGUUUCAUCUUCUUGCAGUCCAUGGGACUCUCAAGAGUCUCCUCCAGCACCAUAAUUCAAAAGCAUCAAUUCUUUAGGCUUGUGUUAUUCUUAGAAGCCCCGUUCUGCAGCUGGGGAAAGAGGGGGAUGAGACUGGCAGGAAUCAGUGCCUAAGGCUGCCUCAGUUCGAGACUGAGUGGGAGCCCACCCAAAAUUUAUCCAAUUUGCAUUUUUCGCCUCAGUUCUCAUGAGGUUGAACUUUGCCUGGGCUGCGUCUUCUCAGAACUCCCUUGAGAGCUUCCUUGAUACCCUUCCUUGAUGCUCCUCCAUCUCACCAAACUCCCCACACAUAGUAAGCUAGCGUGUCGGGGGGGAAGCCAGGAUUAAAUAUCCCUCUCUGUCACGUGCAGCUUUUCUAUAUUCAGGGGAGCUGGUUACUUGAAGGAGUGUUCUGUUGUCUGUUCCUUCACUUGCUGCCUGCAAAACAGUAUGGUUUGAUGACCUUGGUGAGGAUUCAAAUCUUGUCCUGGAUUCAAAUCUAGCAAGAGCCACGAACUCUCCAGGGGCUUUCAGGCUAAGUCAUUCCUAGGCCUUUGUUAUUCUCUGUCUGUGAAAUGGGCACACGAAUGACCCAUCUUUCAGGUGUUUAAAAUUCCCUGGAAAUAAUAAUUGGAAAUGUCAAGCCCUUUCUCUACUCAUCCCUUAUCCAACAUGUUUUGCAAAAGGAAUAAAAAUUUUGCAGAUCAUUCCAGAUUGCUUAAUUCUGAUUGCAGAAUUUGGAUGUUUACAGAAUUUGCAGAUAAUCUGAUGCCGUGGUCUUCAGCUGGUCCAAGUCUGAGACCCACCUCUGAAUUCCAACUUUGGACCCUUUUUCACUUUUGAUGUUUGAUAGUGCUAAUAAGGCACAUUAAAGGUAAAGGUAAAGGGACACCUGACCAUUAGGUCCAGUUGUGGCCGACUCUGGGGUUGCAGCGCUCAUCUCGCUUUAUUGGCCAAGGGAGCCGGCGUACAGCUUCCGCGUCAUGUGGCCAGCAUGACUAAGCCGCUUCUGGUGAACCAGAGCAGCGCAUGAAAACGCCGUUUACCUUCCCGCUGGAGCGGUACCUAUUUAUCUACUUGCACUUUGACGUGCUUUCAAACUGCUAGGUUGGCAGGAGCAGGGACCGAGCAACAGGAGCUCACCCCAUCGCAGGGAUUCGAACCACUGACCUUCUGAUCAGCAAGUCCUAGGCUCUGUGGUUUAACCCACAGCGCCACCCACGUCCAAUAAGGCACAUUAUUAAUCCUAAAAUUGCUAUUCACAUGGCAAUGCAUGUAGAGCUGCCUUUGCAUUACUGCCAAAUGAAAACCAGUGAUUUUUACACUUGAUCUUAACCAAAAGACUGAAAUGCUAUUGAAAACCAGUGGUUUUUAAAAAGGAUGACGAUUUCAGUGGGACACUUGAGCAUGUUUAUGCUUCCAGAUUUUGUUAUGGUGUUGUGGCGGGGGGAAGUUAUUAGAAAGACUAACUCACAACUAAUUUCUACGGCUAAACUGGGUUUUUUUAAGUGGAAGCAGAUGAGAGAUUGCUUCACUUGCCAAUUCUGGGUAUUAUUUACUAACCAAAAUCCAAAACUUUGGUAGCAUUAGUUGCUGAAAUUGCACUUUUAAGCUUGUGUCACAACUGAGUUCAAAGAAUUCUUUUUACAUCCUGUAUCUUAAUUCCAGUGAAUCUGGGCCCACAUAUAUUAUGGGGAAAACAGCCACUUAAAAGUUCAAUUAAUUGUUCUACAUGUUGCAAAGCAUUUCCUUUUAUAGAAGCAAAAUUUACUGCUUGAUCUUCCUCCCCCCCACCAGCCAAAAAAAGCUGUGAAAAAAAGUUGGAAACGUGUCAGUGAAAUUUUCUGAUUAACAUCUCAACUGGAGUUUCAACAAUUUAUGGAGUGGUUCUUUUUUUUAACGUCGAAAUUUUGGGGAAAAAAUCUUCCCUCCAUUGAAGGGUUUCGUUCAAGCAUCUGAACCCACCUGCAAGGCACACCAUCCUUAAAAGCUGCAACAAGGUGUCUAAUAAAGAAGCAGAUAUUAAAGAUUCAUUUCUCACAAACUCCCCAAACUUCAUAUUGAAGUCCAAAUAAUCUUGUUUGCACCUUUUCCUACAUGACCACCAUCUCACUUUUUAUGAAAAACAGUAAGGGGUUGUGUGUUCAGAACCCCUUCCUUUGCAGAGGGCUUUAUUAAGAGCAUAGGCUCUGAUGAAAUUAACAAAUUCACUUUUUUUAAAAGAACAAAAUGCAUGGAAGCCAAUGCUUCGCUGUGGAGAGAGGGAUGAAUCCAAGUUCCAUUUGGAGCGACAUUGAGAACAAGUUGAGAUCUGCCCACCCUCUCCUGCUGCCUUAGAGGGAGCAAAGUUUCCUUGUUUUUCAAAAACUAUUUGUCCGUUAUUAUUAUGGCUUGCUGGCAAGCUUUGUUUCUGAGUGCCUCGGCAGCGUCGAUGGUUUCAAACUUCCACUUGCCAGCAUCUCUCCACAUUUCACACACUGAGGAAUUGGCAUGCUAUUUCCCCCUCAGUCCUAGUGAACCCCUGUUUCCAUGCAUUGCUGGUCACAUUUUUCAUGUCCUUUUAGCUGUGGUGUCCUCUUUUGCUUUCUGGAUUUCCCCGACUCUUUAGUGAACCCUGUUUUUGACACUGAGCAAGGGAGGGAAAAGUAAGAAUCACCAUUAUAUUUUGUGUUGUCUUAUACUAAAAAGCACCGAUGGCACCCAAAACGAUUCAAUCUCCCUCGUUUUCUCCUCCUCCUUCCUUCCUCUGUCAUCUGCCGGUACCUUUCUCCCUCCUUCCUUCCUGUCGUUUUUGUCCUCUGUCACCUUGUCUAGUCUUUGCUUUCCUCUCUCCUAAAUUUCUGCCUUCUUUUUCUCUGCCCUGUCCCUUUUGCCCCUCUCUCCCUUGCCUCAACUUUUUUCUCAGCCCUCCGUCAGCAGCUGCCCUCCUCUUGUCCUCUCGGCUGCCAUUCUUCUUCCACCUUCUCACAUAUUUCCAUCCUUCCUUCCACUCACCUGCUUUAUUCCAGCUGCUGCUACUGCUGCUGUUGCCUUUCCUAGAGGCCUUUGCAGCCGUUCCACCCCGCUCAUGACAGAAACAGCUACGAUGCCAUCUCUGCCCUCCUUCCUGCGCUGAAAAUCUGCCCCGAGUUCAGCAUUCACCCCUCGUAGCUUUCCAGAACAGGAGCUUCAAAAAAGCAAAGUGGGCCUGGACUGAUAUUCUGAAAAAGGAGUGUGUCAGUCAGGGACUGCUUGUGGCAUUAGGAGUUGGCAACCCGUGCAGAGAGACCUGGAAAUGGCUCCUGCUCUUUGCCUCCAGAUCCUAGAUCAGACAUCCCCAAACUUGGCCUUCCAGCUGUUUUGGGACUACAGCUCCCAUCAUCCCUAGCUAACAGGACCAGUGGUCAGGGAUGAUGGGAAUUGUAGUCCCAAACAGCUGAGUUUGGGGGUGCCUGCCCUAGAUUCAGGGAGAUGUUGAUGUGGAAUCCCUGUUCUCUCCAAGUCUCACAUCUUGCAGACUCUUACGGCAACUUCCUGACCCCUCUCCCCACUGCCGCCUUCAGCCAUGAUGGCAUCCAAGCUACCCCACCGCAAUGGCCAUUUCUGCAUUCUAGUCCUCAGCGUACUUCCAUUCAUUCAGUUCGUUCAGCAUACUUUCAUUUCAAUCAUAGGGAGCCGGUCUUGGUGCAGCGGUUAGAGAAUCAGACCCGGAGCCGGGAGACCAGGGUUCAAAUCCCCACCCCCAAAUUUGGGCAUGAAGCUCACUGGCUGAGACCUUGUGCCAAUCACUGCCUCUCAGCCCAGCCCUACCUCACAGGGCUGUUGUGGGGAAUAAAUGUGGAGAAGGGGGAGGAGAAAUAGGUACCGCCACCUUGAGCUCCUUGGAGAGAAAAUUGGGAGAUAAAUGCAAUAAAUUUGAAGAGAAGUCUCGAAAGCCAUAGAAAUAGACUGUAAAAUAGACAGAGUGCCCCUGCUCCAUAGAAAGCUCUCUCAGCAGAGGCACAGCUGUAGGAUAAAAAGGUAAAGGUAAAGGGACCCCUGACCGUUAGGUCCAGUCAUGGCUAACUCUGGGGUUGCGGCGCUCAUCUCGCAUUACUGGCCGAGGGAGCCGGCGUACAGCUUCCGGGUCAUGUGGCCAGCAUGACUAAGCCGCUUCUGGCAAACCAGAGCAGUGCACGGAAACGCCGUUUACCUUCCCGCCGGAGCAGUACCUAUUUAUCUACUUGCACUUUGACGUGCUUUCAAACUGCUAGGUUGGCGGGAGCAGGGACAGAACAACGGGAGCUCACCCUUCGCGGGGAUUUGAACCGCCGACCUUCAGAUCGGCAAGUCCUAGGCUCUGUGGUUUAACCCACAGUGCCACCCACGUCCCUUAGCUGCAGGUUAGAAUAAUAAUAAUAAUGUUAUUGUUAUUGAUAAUAAUAUCCCGCCCAUCUUGCUGGGUUGCCCUAGUCACACUGGGUGGCUUCCAACAAGCAUAAAAAUAAAUAAUAAAAUAUUAAAUAUUAAUAGUAACAAUCUGAUCCAAUAUAAAAAGUCACAAUAAGUUUAAAACAAACAACUUAUAUCAAAUAAAGCAGUACAUAAUAAUAAUAAUAAUAAUAAUAAUAAUAAUAAUAAUAAUAAAACAGUUUACACUUAUCAAUUACAAUAAAGAAUUACUCGUCUAUAAUCAAUAAAAAUAACAGCAAAUCGCAAUGCACAAAACGUACAAAACCAUGUAAAAGAAUCAAAUUGAGAAACGAGGACACGCAUUUUAUAAAAACUUUUUUAAAAAAACUAUCCCUGAGCUCCUCUCUUCCCAGCUGCUGCUGCUGCUGCUGCUGCUCUCAAAGUCAUGGUCUGGGAAAGGCUCCUGGGACUGGAGGCCGGAGCAAGGAGAGUGGGAAAAGCCACUGCCUGCAGAAAGUCUCUCUCUCCUCAGUUCUAGUAUUCAGAAAUAUGUUAUUGGAAAAAGGCCUUUGCCUUUCUCCUGUCGUAGUAGUUCCUUAUUACAUUCAUAUACCACCUUUUCUUCCAAGGAUCUCAAGGCUGUGUACAGUGGUACCUCAGGUUACAUACGCUUCGGGUUACAGAUGCUUCAGGUUACAGACUCUGCUAACCCAGAAAUAGUACCUCGGGUUAAGAACUUUGCUUCAGGAUGAGAACAGAAAUUGCGCAGCGGCAGCGAGAGGCCCCGUUAGCUAAAGUGGUGCUUCAGGUUAAGAACAGUUUCAGGUUAAGAAUGGACCUCCAGAACAAAUUAAGUACUUAACCCGAGGUACCACUGUACAUGGUUCUCCACCCUCCCCAUUUCAUCCUGUGAGGGAGGUUAGGCUGAGAGACACUGACUGGCCCAAGGUCACACAGUGAGCUACACGGCCGAGUGGGGAUUUGAACCCUGCUCUCCCAGGUCCUAGUCCAGGGGUCCACAAACUUUUUCAGCAGUGGGCCAGUCCACUGUCCCUCAGACCUUGUGGGGGGCUGGAUUUUGAAGAAGAAAAAUGAACAAAUCACUAUGCCCCACGAAUCACCCAGAGAUGCAUUUUAAAUAAAAGCACACAUUCUACUCAUGUAAAAACACCAGGCAGGCCCCACAAAUCACCCAGAGAUGCAUUUUAAAUAAAAGGACACAUUCUAUUCAUGUAAAAACACGCUGAUUCCUGGACCGUCCGUGGACCGGAUUUAGAAGACGAUUGGGCCGGAUCCGGCCCCCAGGCCUUAGUUUGCCUACCCCUGUCCUAGUCUGACACCCUAACCCAGGGGUCUGCAACCUUUAAGACAAAAAGAGCCACUUGGACCCGUUUCCGAAGAAAAAAACCUGGGAGCCGCAAAACUCGUCAUUAUAAAAAUAACUUUUUUGUCACUUUUUUAUUAUUUCUUUGCUUGACCCCUCAGAAUUACUCCUCCUCAUAGAAAUAAAUGUUAAAUUAACAAGUUACCUUGUUUUGUGUGUGUGUUCUUCACUCCCCUUCAAAACAGUGACCAGCGUAGAUGCCCCCUUUCAAUGCAAUGACCAGCGUACAUGCCCCUUACAAUGUAGCGGGCGGGCGGGAAGGUGACGUCGGGACGGUGAGUGACUAACACACGCACCGCCCCCAUGUGACGUCACAGCCAGUACAGCGCCCGCCACAGUGGGGAGUGUCGGAGCGCACAAUGCGCCUCCUCCCCUCGCUAGUGUCCGCCCCGGAGCUGUGGCAAAGGUGUAAAAGAGCCACAUGCGGCCGCGAGUUGCCGACCCCUGCCCUAACCAUUACACCACCUUGGCUGUGACCACAUGGCAGCCCUCGUGGAAGCUGAUCAAAUUAGGGUGCCUGGUCAACAGUUUUGUUGUGGUCCAUUUGUGGGUCCCAGCUCGCUGGUUGGUGACCUUUGACCUGAUGUGCUGACUUUUUCCUGCCACCUGUAGAGUCGGCUGUUUUGCUCCCUUGCCGAUUCACACCGUAUUUUGAUCACAUUUCAAAAACCGGGUCAUCCCAGUCCAAGUUCACCAUGCCAGCAGCUCCCACUGUCUCUGUGUCUUUGCCUUUCAGAGGUUUCCACUAAUAAUAAUCAAAUAAUAUAAGCUGUGUGGACGCGGGUGGCGCUGUGGACGCGGGUGGCGCUGUGGGUAAAACCUCAGUGCCUAGGGCUUGCCGAUCGCAUGGUCGGCGGUUCAAAUCCCCGCGGCGGGGUGAGCUCCCGUCCUUCGGUCCCAGCUCCUGCCCACCUAGCAGUUCGAAAGCACCCCUAAGUGCAAGUAGAUAAAUAGGUACCGCUUUAUAGCGGGAAGGUAAACGGCGUUUCCGUGUGCUGCGCUGGUGCUGGCUCGCCAGAGCAGCUUCGUCACGCUGGCCACGUGACCCGGAAGUGUCUCCGGACAGCGCUGGCCCCCGGCCUCUUAAGUGAGAUGGGCGCAUAACCCUAGAGUCGGACAUGACUGGCCCGUACGGGCAGGGGUACCUUUACCUUUAAUAUAAGGUGCUUGUGUUUUCUGGGCAGCCUGUGGUUAUCGUUUCCCCCUGCUUUAUGGCUUUAAAAGCUGGCGAUGUUGCAAUCGUGUGUGUUGGUGGGGGGUGUAUUUCUGUCCCCCUCCCCAUAUAUUCCUCUCUCACUCUCCCCCCUCCACACCGUACCCUUCUUUUCCCCGUAAUCCUAGCAGCUUUCUAAUUCUUACAUUAAAUGCUUUUAAUUAUAGGAGCAUUCUGUCUGACCCGCGGGGUUAUUUCAAGAGAGAAAAAUGAAGGAAUUAAAGAAAAUGACAGAGCAAAUUGCGGCAAUUAGCGGUGCUGGUAUUGUUCCGAGUGUCUGUCAAGGGAGUUCUCUGUUUGUUAGUUACAAGUAAAUUCGUACAGAUAACGGAGACAGCCAUUAUAAAUGCCAUCUCCGAGGCUGCCUGGCGCUGCAGCUAUUUUUCCUUUUUUUAAAAAAAAAAGAGGGGGAGAGAGAGAGAUUUUCUUUGUAAAAAUAAUAUUUCUCCUUGUAAAAAUACUAUUUCUCCUUGAAAGUGAGCUCUGAUAGAGAAUUGAUUUCUCUUCCUGCCCUCCUUUUGCCCCAGUAAGUCCAGGAUCAUGGUUUUCUGGGUCUGUGUCUGCCUAGUCGAGCGUCAGACUGAAAGAGCCUUAGAGAUGCAGUGAAUGACCAUUUGAGUUUGGGGGGGCAAGAUUUCACCCAGGGCUUAACCCCACAGCCUGCUUCCCGUAGCUGAGGGCAAGCUGGGCGCUAGAGCCCUUUCCUUACACACAGAAACCCUCCCAUGUCCAUUUUCCCGGCAUCUGCAGUUAAAAGGAUGAGGAAGGCAGCGAUCAUAGGGACAUGGGUGGUGCUGUGGGUUAAACCACAGAGCCUAGGACUUGCUGAUCAGGUCGGCAGUUCGAAUCCCCGCGACGGGGUGCGCUCCCGUUGCUGGGUCCCUGUUCCUGCCAAGCUAGCAGUUCAAAAGCACGUCAAAGUGCAAGUAGAUAAAUAGGUACCGCUCCAGUGGGAAGGUAAACGGCGUUUCUGUGCGCUGCUCUGGUUCGCCAGAAGCGGCUUAGUCAUGCUGGCCACAUGACCCAGAAGCUGUACGCCGGCUCCCUCAGCCAAUAAAGCGAGAUGAGCGCCGCAACCCCAGAGUCGGCCACGACUGGACCUAAUGGUCAGGGGUCCCUUUACCUUUACCUUUAGGCAGCAAUAGGGAUGUCUAUUUCCUGCCAGAGACCACGGAGGGCUGCUGCCAGCCAGAGCCAAGUCCACUGAGCUUGACAGAAUAAUGGCGUGACUCCCUGCAAGGCAAGCUUCACGUGUAUGUAUGAAAACCAGGUGUAUAAUUACAAUUUUACUGAAGGCAAGUGGUGUCUCUGAGCAUUUGAAGAAUCGUAGAAUUGGAAGGGACCACGGGGGCCAAUCUAGUCCAGGAGUCUGCAACCCGCGGCUCUGGAGCCGCAUGUGGCUCUUUUACACCUUUGCUGCGGCUCCGGGGCAGAUACUAGCGAGGGGAGGAGGCGCACUGUGCGCCCUGACACUCCCCACUGUGGCGGGCGCUGUACUGGCUGUGACGUCGCAUGGGGGCGGUGCGUGCGUUAGUCACGCACUGUCCCGACGUCACCUUCCCGCCCGCCUGCUACAUUGUAAGGGGCAUGUACGCUGGUCACUGCAUUGAAAUGGGGCAUGUACGCUGGUCACUGUUUUGAAGGGGAGUGAAGAACACACACACACAAAAAGGUUGUUUAAUGGUUUAGUCGUGUCCGACUCUUCAUGACCCCCUGGACCAGAGCACGCCAGGCACUCCUGUCUUCCAUUGCCUCCCACAGUUUGGUCAAACUCAUGCUGGUAGCUUCGAGAACACUGUCCAGCCAUCUCGUCCUCUGUCAUCCCCUUCUCCUUGUGCCCUCCAUCUUUCCCAACAUCAGGGUCUUUUCCAGGGAGUCUUCUCUUCUCAUGAGGUGGCCAAAGUAUUGGAGCCUCAGCUUCACGAUCUGUCCUUCCAGUGAGCACCCAGGGCUGAUUUCCUUCAGAAUGGAGAGGUUUGAUCUUCUUGCAGUCCAUGGGACUCUCAAGAGUCUCCUCCAGCACCAGAAUUCAAAAGCAUCAAUUCUUCGGCGAUCAGCCUUCUUUAUGGUCCAGCUCUCACUUCCAUACAUCACUACUGGGAAAACCAAAGCUUUUACUAUACGGACCUUUGUUGGCAAGGUGAUGUCUCUGCUUUUUAAGAUGCUGACCAUUUUGCUACCCCACCUCAAAGCACCAAACGAUCCGGUUUCUGCCCUGGCAAAUUCCCGGCGGAUCUUUUCGAACUCCUCUCCACCUGCAUCAAAACAGCCCCAGGAAUUCAGAAAGGUGGCGGAACAGAAGCCAUCUUUUUCGGGCUCUGUACGGAUUUCUCUAAGGGCCUCUCCUCUUGGCAUCUCACAGUUGGGUGUCCUCGUCCGCAAGUCACCCCCCCCAACACCCCCUCUCUUUCGGCCCCUGAGCCAGGGAACUUCGCUGCAAGGGAGUGAAGGGGCUGAAAGGAAGGUUAAGCCGGGGUCUUGUGAGCUUUUCAGCUUUGCUGGGGAGCAGUGAAUGCGGAGCUGAUAAGUAUUCUAAUCCCAUCUCCCAGGAAUGUGCAGAGCACAAUGGCAGGUCCUCGCUCUCCCCUCCAGACUUCCCCCUCCACACCCCCAGGGCUCUGUCCUUGUCUUCCCCCAGAGUGAGUGCCUGGUCCUUGCUUGUGUGCGCUCACCACCCCAGAGUGGGGUUUGUGCAAGCAUCAAUGUGCACAGAUGCACAUGCAUGUAAAGAGAGGAGAUGUGGAUGACAGGCUUGGUUUAUUGUUGUUGUUUUGUAUGUCCCUGUAUAAAAUUGUCCCGGAAUUGAGAUGCAAAUGCCCCUCUUAGUAACAGCUCUUGUUUUGCCAAAUUACUUGGUAAAUCUCUCUCUUUUUGUAAAAGAUCUCUGUCUGAGGCUUCUCUCCUCUUCUUCACAUUUCCCUUCUACCUUUAAAUUACUUCUGGAAAAGAAUCCCAACCUUUCUGCCCCUCCAUUCCUCCUUCUUCUGUUUUUUUGGUAAUGUUCAGGGCUUAAGAAUUUGCUCUUUGGUGACCAGAAGAAACUGUGGGGAGGAGGGUCUCUGUCUGCAGCUGACAUCUAACCCCGUGGUUCAGUCGCUUGAGAUGCUUUCUUGCCUUUGAGCAAGAUGGAUGAGGUUUAGGAUUGACAUGCUUAUAUACAGAACUUAAAACACUUGACAGCUGAUGGUCUACAAGCCUUCCUCAAGCACUGGCUGGGCUGCUGUGAUGUCACAGCAUGCGCACGCUUGUCACUGAUGAACGAAGGAAAGGUCUUAGAAAAAUGAGGAGGUCGGUGUGUGGGAAAGAUUAUCUUUGCACUUCAUUUAUUUAUUGUGGGGACAGGUGGGGAGACUGAAACUUUGGUUGUCAGUCCCUGAUCAUUAUCCCCUCAACAAAUAUAAGAUGAAAGAGAGUUUAUCCUCUUCCUCCUCCUCCUCCUCCUUCUUCUUCCUUUUUUUGGAAGUGGCUUCCUGACCUCAGAGAUGUGGGUGUGGGAUCAAGAAGCAGCAAGGGAAUCUGUUUAUGUUCAGAAGUACACUCUCCUUUGCAAACGUAAGCAGGAAGUAGCUGGUAUCCUGUGGAUUAAACCAGGGGUAGGCAACCUAAGGCCCGUGGGCCAGAUGUGGCCCAAUCGCCUUCUCAAUCCGGCCCGCGGACGGUCCAGGAAUCAGCGUGUUUUUACAUGAGUAGAAUAUGUUCUUUUGUUUAAAACACAUUUAUGGGUUAUUUGUGGGGCCUGCCUGGUGUUUUUACAUGAGUAGAAUGUGCUCUUUUAUUUAAAAUGCAUCUCUGGGUUAUUUGUGGGGCAUAGGAAUUCGUUCAUAUUUUUUUUCAAAAUAUAGUCCAGCCCACCACAUGGUCUGAGGGAUGGUGGACUGGCCCACGGCUGGAAAAGGUUGCUGACCCCUGGAGUAAACUCUCUUAGGACAAAUCUCUUGCUGAUAAGAGAGAUCUUCAGUUCUGCAGUUCCAGCUUUAGGGGGGUGGGGGUGGGUAAGCUCCGUGCUGGAGCCAAACUUGCAAUACGUGUUGCGGUUAUUGUUGGGGUCCAAGAAGGAUCUUCCAGGGCUGGCAAAUUCCACAUUCUCCCAAUAAUAAUAAUAAUAAUAAUAAUAAUAAUAAUUUAUACCCCACCCAUCUGGCUGGGCUUCCCCAGCCACUCUGGGUGGCUUCCAAAAAAACAUUAAAAUACUGUACUACAUCAAACAUUAAAAGCUUCCCUAAACAGGGCUUCCUUCAGAUGUCUUCUAAAGGUCUGGUAGUUGUUGUUCUCUUUGACAUCUGGUGGGAGGGCGUUCCACGGAGGGAACUUUGCAAGUUCUCAGCCUCUCGAAUCCCUGCCCUCCUGGUCACACCAUGAGUCUCAAUGCCAUGGCACCAGCAGCUUCUCCCUGGCAAGUGUGGAGAUCAGGGAGCCAAAUACUGGGUGGUGGGGUGUCCAAGGCCUGACCUCUCUGAUAGCGGGUUCCUUCUCUCUCUCUCUUUGACAGCUGCUGGCCGGAGGAAUGUGAACACCCUGCUAACAGAGCUCUUUGAACAGCACUUAGGGGGCCACAUUCUACAGGUGAGUACGGCUCACGUGACCUGCCUGUCUCUUACUGGUCUGACUCUGUUUGGCAAUUAUCUGCAGGAUCUGAUUUCUUUCCGCAGGGCCUGUAAGACAGAGUUGUUCCGCCUGGCCUUUGGCUUGGAAUCAACUUGAUCCCCUUCCCCUCUUUCCUCUUUCCUUUUUCCUUUCUCCUUCUGUGAUGGAACUCCUAUUUGGGGACUUCCCUGGCUUUUUUCUGGCCCACGUAGGACCAGUCUGGAUAGUUAGCCUUGGUGAAGACUUGACAUUUUAAUCCCCAAAAAAGUUUUGGAUUUGAGUUUCUACUGAAAUGAGGCUGCAUUUUAAUGUUGUAUUUUAAUCUUGUUUUUAAGUUGUAUUUUAAUCCAUUGUUUUAAUGCCUGGUGUUAGCUGCCCUGAGCCCGGUCUUGGCUGAGGAAGGCGGGGAAUAAAUAAAAUUUAUUAUUAUUAUUAUUAUUAUUAUUAUUAUUAUUAUUAUUAAAUUACUGUGAAGAGCCAAUGAAGUCCAGAUUCUGUCUGAUCUCCCUCACCUCACCCGAAAGAUUCUUCUCCUUCAAUCUCUGGGCAGGCUCCGCCCCCUUCCUGAGCCACCAUAUUGCAUUGAAAUUCCACUAGUGCAUUUAUUUGGUCCCCCCCCCCACUUUUUAUGAAUUGGUAUCCUGGCGUUCAAUACUUUUUUUUUUUGGUCAAAUGUAUUUUGCAGAAAAUCCUUGAGGCAUCCAAUUUUGAAAAUAGUUUCCUCGUGCUACUUUUGGGAGAAGGGAGGGAAGUGAGCUUGCUUGCACAGUUCUUCCCUCUUUGUGGAGUUUUGUGGCCAGGCGGAAGCUAGCCAAUUUCCCCCUCCAUUCGAUACGAUAUGAGACGAUAAUCUUUAUUGUCAUUGUCCCAUACAGAACAACGAAAUUUAAAAAAUCUACAUCAGACAUUCAAAACCAACAAGCCUGCUAUCCCAGCCUGGUUAACCCACUAAAAACUCUGAUACCCCAUAAUUAAAUACAGUAUACUCCCACAGACACUACAUUAGAUAAAGGUAAAGGGACCCCUGACCAUUAGGUCCAGUCGUGGCCGACUCUGGGGUUGCGGCGCUCAUCUCGCUUUAUUGGCCGAGGGAGCCGGUGUACAGCUUCCAGGUCAUGUGGCCAGCAUGACUAAGCCGCUUCUGGCGAACCAGAGCAGCGCACAGAAAUGCCGUUUACCUUCCCGCCAGAGUGGUACCUAUUUAUCUACUUGCACUUUGACGUGCUUUCGAACUGGUAGGUUGGCAGGAGCAGAGACCGAGCAAUGGGAGCUCACCCCGUCAUGGGGAUUCGAGCUGCCGACCUUCUGAUCAGCAAGUCCUAGGCUCUGUGGUUUAACCCGCAAUGCCACCCGCGUCCGACACUACAUUACGCUGCAUUUAAAACCAAAACUGGAUUUGGAUAGAAACUGUUUCUCAGGCAGCUGGUCCUAGUCUUUAUAACCCUGUACCUUCUUCCAGAAGGCAGAAGCUGAAAGAAAUCAUUUCCGGGGUGCGCACUAUCCUGCGCUAUCUCUGCAGCUUUCUUAUGGCACCUGGAAGCAUAGAUUUGAUCCAAGGUGGGAAGAGUGCACCCAAUUAUUCUCUCCGCAGUCUUUACAACCAUGGACAGCAUUGUUUUUUCCCUGGCCGUGCAGUUCCCAAACCACAAACACAGACCAUAAAUUAAUACACUCUCAACAGUACAAUGGUAAAAAUGCCAUCAACAUGUCCUUUGAGAGAUUAUUUUUCCGGAGGAUUUUCAGAAAAUAUAACCUCUUUUGUGCUCUCUUCAUCAGGUCUUUACUGUUUUCUCCCUAGAUUAGGUCAUCUCUCAACUCCAUUCCCAGAAAUUGAAACACCGAGAGCUGUUCCACGCACUUCCCCUCAAUAAUGAGUGGCUGAAUAUUCAUGCCACCUAUUGUUACAGCAGAACAUUUCUGGUGCAGGGAGCUGUGCCAUUUUGGUUUCCUUGUUAGGAGUUUAUGGGUCUAAAACUCGACUUCUUACACCAUGUCGCACAAGGCUUGGAGCCAGGGUUGGGAAGCCUGGGGCCCUACAGAUUCCAUCUCCCAUCAGCCUCAGCUAGCAUGACCAAUGGUCAGGGGUGAGGCAAGCUGAGGUCUAGCAACCUCUGGAAGCUCACAGUUUCUGGCUCAGAGAAGGAGUUUACCGCAAAGCUAAGCAGGAAUGUUCAUUAUCUCUUCCUGGGAAGAAUAGAAAGCUCCUGAUUUCCACAGUGACCCAGGCAAGUCCAGCGCCACCCAGUGGCUAAGCGAUGCCACGACGCUAUCCAUGCAUCUUUCGAGUCUUGACAUUUUGAGGGCAGGCACCGGUGAAGCCGACGGAUCGGGCUAAUUAUUUCUUGAGAGCACUCAUUACUGCUGUCUCCUGGGGCUGUGGGCUAAUUAUCAGAAGUGGCAUAUGGUAAUAUUUUAAACAGCAAUUUAUCAAUCCCCAGCCGAUGGCUGCCCUUGUUGCACAGCCUGGCUCGUGACAGCUGAGGGGAAGUGUGUGAGCAGGGGAACAGACCCUGCAUUGCAUCUGUGCCCCACAAGCCCAUGCACAUGAAGGAUCUGGGAGACUUGCCUCGUCACAUUUCCAACAGGUCCCCCCUAAUCUGGAUGGAGUUUACUCUGUAGCUUUUAAAAUCAGAGUCCAAUCCUGUGCUACGUAAAUGGUGUUUGCUCAUUUCAUCUUCCUAACAUCCCUGCAAAGUAGGCUAGACAGAGAGAGAGAGACUUACUCAGAGAAGUCCCAGUCAAAUGAAUUCACCGUAGCCACGUUCAUUCAUUUGACUGGGUCUCCUCACAGUACGGCUAGUGUUAGGUACAGUCUCACCUGGUAGCAGCGCAGCCACAGAUCCACACUGGAAGAAAUAUUUAUUUGUUUUUUCACACUACUGGAAAACUUUGCUAGGGAAGCUAUUGAAGGACUAAGACGCUCUGGAAGAAAAUUGAGUUGGGCACUCCCUGUUGAUGCACGUAAUCAAUUAAAUGCAAUUUGUUUACUUUAAUUACAUGCUGUUUGCAAGCCUUUACCUUAUAGGGCAGAUCGGGUACUCUGCUAGCCUCUUUGGUGUGGCUGGCAGCGGUCAGGAUUUGGCCUUCCUUCUACCUUCUGCUACCUCAGCUAAUCACGCAGUUUCACUUCAUUUUAAAGCCCUCUCAAUAGAGGCAUGUUCUUGCCCCUUCUCCUCAAGGAGCUGUCAGAAAGAGAGAGAGGGAAAGGAAAGGAAAGGAAAGGAAAGGAAGAAAGAAAGAAAGAAAGAAAGAAAGAAAGAAAGAAAGAUAGAUAGAUAGAUUCUGGUUUCCCCCUCAAUGUUUCCAAACGCUGUCCAUCGAAACUUGGCAGGGAAGAUGAUGUUGAUGAUGAUGAUGAUGAUAAUAAUGAUAAUAAUAAUAAUAAUAAUAUUCUUAUUUAUACACCACCCAUCUGGCUGGGUCUCCCCAGCCACUCUGGGUGGCUCCCAACAGAAUGUUAAAAACACGAUAAAAGAUCAAAGAUUAAAAACUUCUCUAAACAGGGCUGCCUUCAGAUGUCUUCUAAAAGCCAGAUGGUUGUUUAUUUCCUUGACAUCUGAUGGGAGGGCGGGUGCCACCACCAAGAAGGCCUGAUCCUUUCUUUUCCCAGGGGUCCCUCUCUUUCCAGAGACCCCGAGCCUAGCCCCCCUCCCCAUUAGAUUCCAGCUUGCCUGUCCAGCCCCCUUCUCUUUACCUGCCCCACCCUGCUUAAAACAACCACCCAGCUUUUAAAACCCUGCCAUUUAUCUUGGGAGGGGAAAGGCUGGAGGCAGUUCGGCAGCUGUUGACCCAGGGCUUGUCUGCACCAUAGCCUGAGAGCAGCCUGCCAUCAUUGCUCUGCAUUUGACUCACUGAUUGGGACAAACUUGGGACUGGCAGGGGGUGGUGUGUGUGUGUGUGUGUGUGUGUGUGUGUGUGUGUGUGUGUUAGGAGAGGACUUAGCUUUGCUCUUUUCCAAAAGAGGCUACGGGAGUCAAUCCAAGGUUUAAAUUAAGCCAGGAUGACACUUCCCCCUUAAUUUACGUUUUCAUCUUUCCAAAAUUCUAACAUUGCAACCUGUUCAUUGAGGGGUUUUUUGAGCCUCGUCAGAACGGGUAUUCCCCACCCCCAACUCCAGGUGAGAGGUAAAAAGGCAAAUGGCCUCUGAGGAUAUACAGAGUACUUUCUUCAGAGUUGGAAGGAGAGGCUCCCUUUCCCUCUGCCUCUGUUUCAAAUCAGCCAUAGCUAGGGGUGUAAGGAAAGCACUGGUUUCUGAUCUGCUCUGCAUUUGUUGCUGUCCUGCUUCCGGGGUGGGGGAAUGUUGUUUGCCUUGCUGUCCUCUGUGGUGGAACUUCGCGUAAUUAACUACAUGCUUAAUGAUGUUUUCAUUACGUUAUCUCCCCCCCCCCGCCCCAAUUCAUGUCCGUGCAAAGGAAGCAGAAUGCAAAUGAGGUGGAGGGGAGAACGAUCAGUUGCGUAUCUUUUGAGGACUGAAAACAACAGUGACUACAGAUCAUAUUUGCCAGGUGCAUUUUUGUUCUGGACACGGGACUAAUAAGUGGAUCUUGGCCAUUUCCACAUCCCUAGCUGUUAACCUGGUCCAGCCACAGAUCGGUGAAGUGUGGCCUGCAAUUAACUCAUUUCUGAAGGCAGCGAAUUGCCUUGCGCAGGGGUGGGCAACCUAAGGCCCAGGGGCCAGACGCGGCCCAAUCGCCUUCUCAAUCUGGCCCGCAGAUGGCCCGGGAAUCAGUGUGUUUUUACAUGAGUAGAAUGUGUGCUUUUAUUUAAAAUGCAUCUCUGGGUUAUUUGUGGGGCAUAGGAAUUCGUUCAUUCCCCCCCUCCAAAAAAAAUAGUCCGGCCCACCACAUGGUCUGAGGGACAGUGGACUGGCCCACGGCUGAAAAAGGUCGCUGACCCCUGGUCUUGCUGGAUCAUCUCUAAGACCUGUGCGGUGUGAGCUCUUUUUUCCCAAUGGGGGGGGGGGGACCGUUUGCUGCAGGAGAUCACCAGCAGGGCAUGAAGGCAACAGCCUACUACUGCUGGCUGCCUUUCUGCAAUUAACACAAGAACCUGUAUUGCACGAGGUUGCUCUGCUUUCUGCCUGGGAAGCUACUUUACACUGAGUCAGUUCCUUGGUCUGUCUAGUUCAGCCUUGCCUACACUGACUUUCAGCAUCUCUCCAGGGCUUCAGAGAGGGCUUUCUCCCAAGCCAUACCUGAUAGGGAACCUGGGGGGGGGGGGGGGCUUGCUGCAUGGGAAGCUGAUGCUGUCCUUCCCUUCUCCUGCCUUGAAACAGAGCUCAGAACAAAACACACAUCUUCCUCUCACUUUUGUACACCACUUCUCGCUGGCGUCCAUCUGUCUCAAGAGACAAUGGAGUGGGCCUCCGGGGCUGAAGUCAAACCGCUGGGUUUGCAGUGCCAGAGUGACCUCCCUGGGGGGACAAGCCUGGGCAGUGUAUAUGGGGGUCUUGGGCUGCCCUGAUGACAUGACCCCCCUCUCGGCCCCACCAAUGUGGUCCAUAGGAAAUCAGUGUAAGACGUUUGGCAUCUUCUUGGCUGCAGGUGUUGCCGGAAGGAGGCAUUCAAGGUGCCACCAAAAACCCCUUUUGGACUCCAUUCCGGAUUUAUGUAGGGUUCACUCCUGAGCCUUUUCUUCUCUCAAAGAUAUCUCGCAAGGCAGUGGAGGUUUAUGAUCAGAGUUUUCCGUCCCCUAGAUGGGCUCCCUUCCCAGGUGGACGAGCCCCAUCUGCCCCAUACGCCCCUCUUCUACAGAACGUGCAGAAACCACCUUCUUGACUGCUGGACCCCAUACACCACACUUUGUUGUUGUCGUUUAGUCGUGUCCGACUCUUCGUGACCCCAUAGACCAGAGCACGCCAGGCACUCCUGUCUUCCACUGCCUCCUGCAGUUUGGUCAAACUCAUGCUGGUAGCUUCGAGAACACUAUCCAACCAUCUCGUCCUCCAUCUUUCCCAACAUCAGGGUCUUUUCCAGGGAGUCUUCUCUUCUCAUGAGGUGGCCAAAGUAUUGGAGCCUCAGCUUCACGAUCUGUCCUUCCAGUGAGCACUCAGGGCUGAUUUCCUUCAGAAUGGAUCAGUUUGAUCUUCUUGCAGUCCAUGGGACUCUCAAGAGUCUCCUCAACACCAGAAUUCAAAAGUAUCUAUUCUUCAGCGAUCAGCCUUCUUUACGGUCCAGCUCUCACUUGCAUAGAUCACUACUGGGAAAACCAUGGCUAUAACUAUAUGGACCUUUGUCGGCAAGGUGAUGUCUCUGCUUUUUCCCCCUUCCUGCUUUUUCUCCUUCAUGGAUCACUGCCUUGCCAUGGCGAAGGGGCUUGAAUAACUUACAGAAGCUAUGAGCUAUGCUGUGCAGGGCCACCCAAGAUGGACAGUCAUAGUGGAGAGUUUUGACCAAACGUGACCCACCUGGAGCAGGAACCGGCAAGCCACUCCAGUAUCCCUGCCAAGAAAACUCCACGGACAAAUACAACAGGCAUACACCACACUAGAUGUCUCUAUUUCUGGGUAUAGUGCACUGGCCUGGCAACACACUUUUCCUGGGUUGCUGACUCAAAGGGAACCUAAUUUUGCCCGCGGCCAGAGCAGGUGCGAAGAGGCAGGAGCGAAAAGGCGAGCAAGCUGGAUCAAUUGAGUUAGAGGAUUCUGUGCAGAGGGGGAACGGAGGUGUUAACCUCGUUUGGCUCCUUGGCCAGGUGUGGCGGCUUCCUUUCCACAGCCCACUGUCUCCAGCUCGAGGGCUUGUUUUUGUGUGUGUGAGAGAGACUAAUUCGGGUUUAUUUGGAAGCAAUCUGAUUUGGCCGCUGGUGUGCGUGAGGAGGGGGCUACCAAUAGGGAGGGUGAGGGGGAUGCAGAUGUUGCGCCAACAGCUGGCUGACAGAAAGCACUGCUGUGGGGGGCAGCCCUCCAUGUGCAACCUCGGAGGGAGCACUGUAGCUCCUCUCAGUGUAGUGGAAGCUGCUUGCUGGACUCUGCUUUUAUACGAACAAGGCUAAUCCUCCCCCUUUUGGACUCCUUCCUUCCUCCGCCAACACUGUUGUUGCCAGAACGAUUUGUCUUUUCUCGUUGCUCUGACCAUGGGAUGCAGGCCCAUAAAAUCCCUCUCCUGGCUUCCUGACCGCUCUCGGAUCCGGCAACAAGCCCCUUUGUCCUUCCCUCCCAUGUGACGCGGCAGAAAUCCCGUGGAACGAUGCACGGAAUGGAGAAAAGCGAAUGUGGAAAAGUUUAUCUACCUCUCUCGUAACUCCCGGAGCUCGUGUUGGGAAGAUUUGGGAGAGAUAGAAGGAAGCCUUCACACCAGCGCAGAGUCAGAGCAUGGAACUUGCUCUUGAGAGAAGUAAGAAUAAGAAUAAGAAUAAGAAUAAGAAUAAGAAUUUAUUUAUACCCCACCCUCUCCAGCCAAGACCAGGCUCAGGGCGGCUAACACCAUGUAUAAAACAAUUGAUUUAAAUACAACUUAAAAACAAGAUUAAAAUACAUUAAAAUGCAGCCUCAUUUCAGUAGAAACUCAAAUCAAAAACUUUUUGGGGAUGAAAGUGUCAAAUCUUCACCAAGGCCAGCUAUCCAGACUGGUCCUACGUGGGCCAGAAAAAAGCCAAGGAAGUCCCCAAAUAGGAGUUCCAUCGCAGAAAGAGAAAGGAAGAAGGAAAGAGGGAGAGGGGAUCAAGUUGAUUCCAAGCCAAAGGCCAGGCGGAACAACUCUGUCUUACAGGCCCUGCGGAAAGAAAGCAGAUCCUGUAGCCAUCAGAAAUCAGAAGUAGCAACGGCCACCAGCUUAAGGUAAAGGGACCCCUGACCGUUAGGUCCAGUCAUGACCGACUCUGGGGUUACGGCGCUCAUCUCGCUUUAUUGGCCGAGGGAGCUGGCGUACAGCUUCCGGGUCAUGUGGCCAGCAUGACUGAGCCGCUUCUGGCGAACCAGAGCGGCGCACGGAAAUGCCGUUUACCUUCCCGCUGGAGCGGUGCCUAUUUAUCUACUUGCACUUUGAGGUGCUUUCGAACUGCUAGGUUGGCAGGAGCAGGGACCGAGCAACAGGAGCUCACCCCGUCACGGGGAUUCGAACCACCGACCUUCUGAUCAGCAAGUCCUAGGCUCUGUGGUUUAACCCACAGCGCCACCCAUGUCCCAGCUUAGAUGGCUUCAAAAGAGGAUUGGACAGAUUCACAGAGGAGAAUAAGACUAUUGAUGGCUACGAGCCACAAACAGCGAUCCUCUGCUUCCAUGUUUGGAGGCAGCAGUAAUUCUGAAUCCCCGUUGCUGGAAACCACAGGAUGGGAGAGGGUUCUUGUGCUUAGAUCCCACAGGCAUCUAGUUGGCCACUAUGAGAACUGGAUGCUGGACUAGAUGGGCCAUGGGUCUGAUCCAGCAGGCUUCUUAUCUUCCUACAUUCCAGGACCACCAUGGCCUUGACUCACCCAUCUUUCUGCUCCUGUAUCCUUUCCCCUUUGCUGCUUCCUUGUUGCAUCCUCAAAACACCUGCCUAGAAUCCAUCAAGACUUCCUCCCAGAGCUAGCCAGCUGCAUUGCUCAGCUGGUGAGCUGGCCUGUGGGUCCUUGCCUGCCUCAGCCUCUUAGAGCACCCCACCUGCUGCUUCUCCCUAUGCCUCAGAGCCCUUUGUGUUCAUGGAGACAGGGGCUGCUCUGGCUCUGGGUCCUGUGCACUGGCCCCCAUCCCCUUGUCAUUCUCCAUCACCCCGUGAGUAGUUUCCUACACCAACCGCUCCUUCCCCACCUCCCAGCUUGUCCCCUUGUGCCCCAAGUCCUACACCCCUCACCCAGAUCCUCUUUCUCCUUCCUGUUGUCCUGCCAGUUCAUGACACAAACGAAGCUUCUCAGUGGUUUGUCCUUUAAGGAUUUGCCAGGGCCCAGAGCCUGGGAGAGAGAGAGAGAGAGAGAGAAAGAGAGAGAGAGAGAUUUCUGUGCUCUCAGACUCUGCUGAGCAAGUUGCGUGUUUGGAGCUGUCCGUGGUACUGCAGCUCCUUACCUGCUGGAUGGAAAAAUGUUGCUUCAGGAGGCCUCUCCUCUCAGCUCCUCCAACCCUUCCUUGAAGCCCCUCUUUCCUGUGAAGUCUUUGGCACAAUCCCUCCAUCCUCAUGCCUGGGGGCUCUUGGUUGCCUUGGCCUGCCGCUUCCAUAUGCCCCAGCCGGCAUGGCCCGUGGCUCAGGGACCUUGCACGCCGUUUGAUCCCUGGUAGGUAAAAGUAAAAAAAAGUUAAGUCCAGCCAAAGGCAACUCUGGGGUUGUGGUGCUCAUCUUGCUUUCAGGCCGAGGGAGCCGGCGUUUGUCCACAGACAGCUUUCCAGGUCACGUGGCCGGCAGGACUAAACCGUUUCUGGCACAACGGAAACCAGAGUGCAUGGAAACGCCGUUUACCUUCCUGCCGCAGUGGUACCUAUUUAUCUACUUGCACUGGUGUGCUUUUGAACUGCUAGGUUGGCAGGAGCCGGGACAGAGCAUUGGGAGCUUGCCACGGUAACAUGGAUUCUCCAGGUGACGCUGCCAGCCAGGUUCAUGCCCCAAACCCCAGACAGACACUGCUGCCAGCCAGCCCAGGCAGUACAGAGCAAGAUGGAACCCAGUGGUCUGUACCCAUUAUGCCAAUAAAGUCUGAAUGAAUGAAUAUAUGUACCUGUAGCUGCCUGUGUUCUUAGGGGAAAAGCAGAAUCUGGAGUCAGUGCAGCCUGCUUGCUCAGUAGCUGGUGAGAAGUGCUGCGGGGAGGUUGGUUCACUGAUGUGGGGGGCAGGGGACCCACAGAGAGCUCCUUCCCCCAGUGAGGGGCCCCCAGAACCUGCAGCCUAUGCUGUGGCUCUCUCUGUCUCUCUUAAACUGCUCUUCCCCUGCUUCUGCUACUUUUGCUACCUGCGCCAAGUGUGUUUUUCUUGAUGUGCAUGUGCUGAAAAUCUGGCAAAAUGAAAUCUAGGGAUUGAUCCAUGCAUACCUCUCUUCCUCACUGUUUGCAGCCCCCCCAUCCCCCGCAGAGACAUCCCCGUCAUGUGGUGUCAACCAUUUAAUUGCCACAGCAAUGACCUCCGGCCGGCACAUCGAAACCACUUGAUGAUGAUAAAAAAAGCAAUUUUAUCUGUCAGCAGUAAUUAACGUGCUGGAACGUUAACGUGGCUGUCGGUUCCAUUCAUCUCCUGCUAUUUCUUUCUCUCUCUCUCUCUCCUCUCCUCUCCUCUCCUCUCUCCUUUCCUCUCCCCCUCCCCACCACCCAGGCUCCUUCGUGGGGGAAACGUCGUAAUUGUGCAAAUAUAUCCCGCUGGUAUAAAGAGGCAUUGUUGCUGCAGGGCAGGCCUUGGGAGAGAGGCAGGGGGUGAGAGAUCGGGGGGCUAGGAGGAGCCCCAAUGCCUCAGGACAGGGAAUCUGGUAGUGCAAGCUCCAGAAAUUUUAUUUUUGGGGAGGAGACUCAUAGAAUCGUUGAAUUGUAGAGCUGGGAGGGACGCCAACGGUCAUCUAGUCCAACCCCCUGCAAUAAUAAUAAUAAUAAUAAUAAUAAUAAUAAUAAUAACAAUUUGUUAUUUGUACCCCGCCCAUCUGGCUGGGUUUCCCCAGCCACUCUGGGCGUCUUCCCACAAAGAUUAAAAAUACAUUAAAAUGUCACACAUUAAAAACUUCCCUGAACAGGGCUGCCUUCAGAUGUCUUCUAGCUGUUUAUCUCUUUGACAUCUGAUGAGAGGGCGUUCCACAGGGCGGGUGCCACUACCGAGAAGGCCCUCUGCCUGGUUCCCUGUAGCUUAGCUUCUCGCAGUGAGGGAACCGCCAGAAGGAGCUUGGUGCUGGACCUCAGCAUCCAGGCAGAACGAUGGGGUUGGAGACGCUCCUUCAGGUAUACUAAGCAGAAAUCUCAGCUAAAGCAAGAAUCACAGCUAAAGCAUCCAAGACAGAUGUCCAUCCAACCCCUGUUUAGAAAACCUUCAAGGAAGGAGAGUCCACAACCUCCUGAAGGAGGCUGUUCCACUGUCUCCUUCAGCUCUCACUGUCAAAAAGCUCUUCCUGAUGUUUAGUUGGAAUCUCCUUACUUGUAACUCGAAGCAAUGGGUUCGAGUUCUACCCUCUGGAACAGCAGAAAACAAGCUUGCUUCAUCUUCCACAUGAGAUAUUUGAAGAUGGCUAUCACAUCUCUUCUCCUUUCCAGGCUAAACAUACCCAGCUCCCUCAACCGCUCCUCAUAAGGCUUGGUUUCCAGACCUUUGAUCAUCUUUGUCACCUUCCAUUGCACACGCCCCAUAUUGUCAAUGUCCUUCUUAUAUUGUGGCGCCCAGAACUGGACACAGGAGUCCUGGUGGGGUCUGAAUAGGCAGAAUAGAGCAAGACAAAGCUAUUUGAUUACGGGACAAGACACUGUCUGUGGCUCACUUCAUCUGAGAGAUGCUGACUAUGAAAGCACAUCUGAUUUAUUUUGGGUGUGAAGCAAUAUUGUUGUUGUUGUUGUUGUUGUUUAGUCGUGUCCGACUCUUUGUGACCCCAUGGACCAGAGCACGCCAGGCACUCCUGUCUUCCACAGCCUCCCGCAGGGGCUGUCUCCCACAGCCUCAUGCUUGUAGCUUCGAGAACACUGUCCAACCAUCUCGUCCUCUGUCGUCCCCUUCUCCUUGUGCCCUCCAUCUUUCCCAGCAUCAGGGUCUUUUCCAGGGAGUCUUCUCUCUCAUGAGGUGGCCAAAGUAUUGGAGCCUCAGCUUCAGGAUCUGUCCUUCCAGUGAGCACUCAGGGCUGAUUUCCUUCAGAAUGGAUAGGUGUGAUCUUCUUGCAGUCCAUGGGACUCUCAAGAGUCUCCUCCAGCACCAUAAUUCAAAAGCAUCAAUUCUUCGGCAGUCAGCCUUCUUUAUGGUCCAGCUCUCACUUCCAUACAUCACUAUUGGGAAAACCAUAGCUUUAACUAUAUGGACCUUUGUUGGCAAGGUGAUGUCUCUACUUUUUAAGAUGCUGUCUAGGUUUGUCAUUGCUUUUCUCCCAAGAAGCAGGCAUCUUUUAAUUUCGAGACUGCUGUCACCAUGUGAAGCAAUAUUGGGAGGCACUAAAGUCUGAAUUUUGCACCAGGGUAACCCACCCCAGUUGGAAAACCCCCUUUCUCCGGACUCCAAAGAUUUCGUUAGGCACUGCUGGUUCAUCCUCUAGCUUAUCCUGGCAAUCAUAUGGACUAGAAAUUUUGCCAAACUUCUGCUUGUUUAAACUUCCUUUCAGAGCGAAACUACGUUUCAAAGGCAAAUGUGUUGUGCCCUAACAGACUCCCCCUCCUCACUGUUUAUUUUGAUUGAGAAGUUUCUUUGGGAACAGGAAAUCUAGAGUGGAGAAGCAAAGUAGGGUGCUUAACUUCUUCCUGUGCAAAUGGCGAUGACUCCCCAUUUCCAGCUUUUUAAAUGCGUGCUUGUGAGGGUAAAUCAUCAUCAAUCUUUAUUACGGUCCAGAGACCCAACAAAUCAUUACAAAGCAAUACACAAUUCAUACAGCCUACCUCCAGGUUAAACAAGCAUUUUGUUCAGAAUAUAGGGAUUAUUUGUUCUUGCAACCACCGAUAAAAACUUUGCCACUGCUAAUGUUCUAGCAUUUCCGGUCUUUCAAUAGGAACCUGACAUAGUGAGCCUCUGAUUUUCCUGGGAAAGGUACCAGCAAGGGUAGUAUCAGUUCAGCCCUGGCUUGCUCAUAUUUUGCACAAUGCAACAAAAUAUGUUUUAUGGAAUCGAUGUCUUGAGGGUAAAUAAUGUCUUUUGAACCUGGGGGGGGGGGGGAGAGAAGCAGCUGAUUUUGAGUUUAGGGCAAAGAAAGUGAGGAAAGGGUUACAUGAGCCACUUCCAUGCUUCAAGUCCGCUUCCCCACUAUACGCCACAUCCCCCUGCGACCAGUACACAAGUUGGCAUAUAACAUGUCCUUUGGCCCUGGGAGUGGCGACAGCUUUGGCCCCGAUCCCUCUUUCCAGCCCUGGGCAUUGUUGCAGCCACAGAGGGGGCAGGUUAACAUUCAUCCCUCCUUACAGGGAUUUAUCGCCCGGAGUUUGCAAAACGAAAGGAGGGCGAACUCAGCGUUGCGCCCCCAAAGUCCUCCCCUUGGAGCUCGCAGAGUCCUUUCUGCCCAACUGCCCUGGGACCGGUUUCGUAAACUGCUUCAAACGUUGCCUUAGGAGAGGACAUCAUCAUCCAGCUUUAAAGGGAUUUGGCCGGGGACCCGAAAACUGGGCAUUUUUUGGCGUUUGCUAACAUUUGCCAUGGCGAGAUUCAAAGGGGACGUCUGAGGCUUCCGUCCUGUGUCUCCUUGGGGAGCAGCUUCCUGUUUUCUGGAACAGUUUGGAGUGGGGGGUGAAAAAGCAAAGGGGAGAAAAAACUUUUGGCUGUGGCUCUUCUCCCCUCCCCCUCUCGGCCUUAUUCGGCUCUCCUCCCUGGAUGAACCCUGAAGAGGUUGCGCGCUCUCUCUGUCUGGUCUUUGCUCACCACAAAUAUUCAGGGCUUUCUUGCUCCUUAUUUUGCGGAGCGGGUUUGCUGCCUCCUCUCCUCUUUGCCUAGGGAAUUUCCAGAUGUUCCUGCACUUUUAAACAGCUGCUUCUAGGUGCCUCUUUAGGCGCUGUGCAGAUCUUAAAUCCACAUGGAGGUGCGUAAAAUUUAUGCUCAAUUUGGAAAAAGCGGAAAUGAAGUUGUCCUCCUCAUCAUGGUAAAACACUGCAAUCCGGAGUCGGCCAACGAAGCUGAAAGCUGUAAGCUUCAGGGCAGGCAAAAUAAGUUGUUUCUUUCCCCCCCUUUUUUAAUUUUUUAAUUUUUUUAUUGAUACAACAAGAAAAAAGAAACAAAAACACAAAUACCAAAUUACACACAAGAAUAACCAUAGACACAUAAUUUUCUUAGCAAACAAUAAAACAUAUAUUGGUCUUAACACUAAAGACCCAACCUCCCGUCUAUUCCAUAUUUCAAUUUCAUAUUACUUAUUGCCAAUACACACUUUUAUCAUAAUUAAACUUAUUCUCAAUAAAUCUAAUUUUUUAUAUCUACCUUGCAACUAUUACUGAAGUUCCUCGAAUGCUGCAACAGAAUUUAAACUACUAUAUUUAUUUUUCAGAUAUUCUUUGAAAACCUCCCAUUUUGAAACAAAUUCCUGUUUUGAUUUAUGCUUUAUUUUUUUCUGAUAGACUAUCUAAUUCGGCAUAUUCUGUCAGCUUUUGGAUCCAGUCUUGUAUAGAGGGGAUUUCAUUACUCUUCCAUUUUGCUGCGAUCAAAACUCCUGCUGCUGCCGUCGCAUAUAAAAAGAUACCCUUCCUCUUUUGUGGAAUAUCCAAAUCUGUUAUUCCCAGGAGGUAGGCCUCUGGUUUUUUAUUGAAAGAGAUCUUUAGCAUUUUUCGCAGUUCUGCAUGGAUACUCUCCCAGAAUACCUGUAUUUUCCUACAUAUCCACCACAUAUGAUAGAAAGUUGUUUCUUUGCACAGCGCAGGGUUAAUUUGCUCCCCCAAGAGGUAAAGAUCGCCACCAACUCUGGGUGGCUUUAAAAGCAAAGUAGACAAAUCUAGUUAGGGAGAAAUAACGUCAACGUUUACAUGCACUUUCAAAUCUGUUUCUGAAGCCAGAGGUCCCUGCUGGGAUGUUAAGGUGUAUUCUGAGCUUUAAAAGAAAAACACGCCCACAAAAGCUCUCUGUCAAAACUCUGUGUCAAGGUAACCCAAACCCUGACCAGAGAGAGGCUAGGUUCUGUGACCCUGUGGGAACAAAGCAUAUUUGCAAGGCUUUCUCAUUAUUUAUUUUCAUUUAUUAAAUAGGUGCUCUGCUCUCGGAUCUGUAGAUCUCAGGGCUGUUCACAGCAUGAAAAUGCGAGAUAAAAAACACAAAAAAUGCAUAAUAAAAACAAGCAAACAAAAGAACCCUCCCAACAAACACAUUUAACAGGAUAUGGGAUGUUAGCCAAAGACCUGGCUGAAGAGGAACAUUUUCACCUGGCGCCUAAAGGCAUAUAAUGAAGGUGCCAGGCGAACUCCUCUGGGGAGAGCAUUCCACAAAUGGGGAGCCACUGCAGAAAAGGCCCUGUUUUUGGUUUUUAGCAACUGUUUUGCAGUAUUUUAUCUUGCUCCUGCCAGCACCAGAGAGUAAGAGGGAGCUCUUCCGAACCAGGCCAGGGACCCUAUUCAAUCCAGUAUCCUGUUCUCACAGUGGCCAACCAAAUACCCACAUGGGAAACCUUUGAGCUGGACCUCGCUGCACCAGGACUCUCCCGGCUUGUGAUUCCCAGCAGCUGGUAUCCGGGGCAUUCUGCCUCUGGCAGUGGGUGCUGGACAUAGCCUGAGUGGCGGGUAGCUAUUGAUGGGCAGGAGCUGUUCAGGGUCUUAAGCCCCACCCCCCAGAACACUGAAUAUCUUAUUUGGCAACCCCCCUGGCUUCUGAGACUUUAUAGCACCAUCGUUCUUUUGCCCUGCCCUUUGUAUCAGACAAUUCAAUUUGUGUUCAUUAAUCAGCUGGUUAAUUAGCAGGUAGUGGCCAUUGGACGAUUGCAAGGUAGUCUUCCUAAUGUUUACUCAGCAUGGGGAUAAGGUGGAGAUAGCAGCCAGGUUUCUGCAACACGCAGUGAGGAUUCGCAAACGUCACAGUAUUUUAAUUGUUAGAUGCAGAUACUGCUGCGCUUUUAUAGUGCUGAACCUUUUGGAACCUCAUCUAUAUGCCAGUUAAGGUUUGAGAUGGGUUGGUUGACACAGAGUUGGAAGGAACCAACCAAAAAGAAUAUUUUUGCCCAACGUAGGGCUUGAACCCACAACCCUGAGAGUAAGGGUUUCAGGAUAUACCGACAACUGCUGUUCUUUCUCUUCCGAGCCUGCCUUCGCUACGAUGAGGUUUAGGAAUGCCUUUUUGCUCAAAACGAACCCGAAUAUUCUUGUUGUUGUUUAGUUGUUUAGUCGUGUCCGACUCUUUGUGACCCCCUGGACCAGAGCACGCCAGGCACUCCUGUCUUCCACUGCCUCCCGCAGUUUGGUCAAACUCAUGCUGGUAGCUUCGAGAACACUGUCCAACCAUCUCGUCCUCUAUCGUCCCCUUCUCCUUGUGCCCUCCAUCUUUCCCAACAUCAGGGUCUUUUCCAGGGAAUCUUCUCUUCUCAUGAAGGUGGUCAAAGUAUUAGAGCCUCAGCUUCAGGAUCUGUCCUUCCAGUGAGCACUCAGGGCUGAUUUCCUUAAGAAUGGAGAGGUUUGAUCUUCUUGCAGUCCAUGGGACUCUCAAGAGUCUCCUCCAGCAUCAUAAUUCAAAAGCAUCAAUUCUUCAGCAAUCAGCCUUCUUUAUGGUCCAGCUCUCACUUCCUAAUAUUCUUAGGAAGUCUUAAUUCCAGGACCGCUUUGGGUGACUUUUGGUUCUUUGGUAUUGACUGGCUCAAGUCUUGAUACUGCCCAGCCCUUGCAAGCAGCUAUUUAGUGGGGUACUUCUUCUAUAGCAAAUAGUGUUCCCAGGGUCUUGCCAUGCCGCCUGUUUUGGCAGAAACGACAAAGGGCCUUGUGGCACCUUAACAACGGGCGCAUUUAUUGUAGUUUAACAAGCUUCCGUGAAUGAGAGUCCACUUCAUCACAUGCAGAUUGGUGCCUGACUCCAUCUUUGGGGGGUGAAGCCUGGGAGUCAGGAGUGGGAGAGGGAAAUCCACUCAGAAACAGCCCAUGACGUCCCUACUAACCUGGUUCUAGAGGAGUCCCUAACUCAAUGGUGGAGCGCAUAUCUUGUCUGCAGGAGCUCACAGGUUCAGUCCUCAUGAAAAGCAAUCUGUGGGGGAUGGGAAAGUUGUGGAAGAGCCCUGCGCCUGGAGAGUCGCUGCCGGCCCGAGCAGCUCAAGCCUAGCUAGAUGGGCCAAUGAUUUGUCUCUGUGCAAGGCAACAGCUUAACUUCAUAGCCUGCCAUUGCCAGGUUUUCUGCACAUACCUUAUUUUUCCUUGUAUAACACGCCCCCUACUUGUUGAUCUUUUUUUGGGGGGGAGGAUUGCCCAGAGCUUUUCAGGGGGAGAAGGGGGGAUGCAGUAAAUCACUAACCCAACGGAUAGGCACUGACAAUCGCUCGCAUUGCAGAAGCCAAAAAGCGGCUGCCCGAUUUCCAGCAGUGGCUGACAAUCGCAUGUACAAUUGCCGCAGCACCAGCCAAUACAAACCAGCCUUUGCCACAGCCACCAAUCGCCAGGCAAAUUGCCUAUGACAAUCUGCAGCUCGCGGCAGUCACAUGUCCUCCCUACCCAUGCUCCGUGUAUAAGACAACCCCCCAUUUUUUAACACUAUUUUGGAGUAAAAAAAAACACCUCGUCUUAUACACGGAAAAGUACGGUACGUCUUUAACAUGGGCUGCCAGCCAGUCUGAAGGUGCUUCCUGUUGUAAAUUAAUUUAUCCCCACCCCCAUUUUGCUUACUUGAUCUGAACUUAAAUAUGUUUGCAUAUUUGCAGUGUUCAAAAUCCCCCAGGGCGUCAGGUGUGUUUUGCUACUGGUGCGGGUCCAGUUGGGGAUGCGUGGAGAUUGCUGGGUGCCAGGCUGAUCACCACAGUUUAAAAACCUCUGCCUUAGUCUAUGUUGUUGUUGUUUAGUCGUUUAGUCGUGUCCAACUCUUCAUGACCCCCUGGACCAGAGCACGCCAGGCACUCCUGUCUUCCACUGCCUCCCGCAGUUUGGUCAAACUCAUGCUGGUAGCUUCAAGAACACUGUCCAACCAUCUCAUCCUCUGUCGUCCCCUUCUCCUUGUGCCCUCCAUCUUUCCCAACAUCAGGGUCUUUUCCAGGGAGUCUUCUCUUCUCAUGAGGUGGCCAAAGUAUUGGAACCUCAGCUUCAGGAUCUGUCCUUCCAGCGAGCACUUAGGGCUGAUUUCCUUCACAUCCCAUGGAAAUGGAACUGGUAUUAAAGUUAAUACCAGUUCCGUUUCCAUGGGGUGUGUCUCUACUCCUUGCAUACAGGGAGAAGUGAAUUGUUGUAAGAGCAAGCUACAGUCAAGCUAUGUAGCAGAGAUCAUAGAAUUGUAAAAUGGUAGCUUUGGAAGGGACCCUGAGAAUCAUCUAGUCCAAACCCCUUGCAAGUAGAUAUUCCUUUGUGGCAACCGCAACUUAGGUUUAAGGUGCCAUUUAGAGGCUGGCUUAUAUUGCUGAGUUUCUAACACUGUUUGCAUGUUGCAAAAUCAUCCCUGGAGGAGGAGAGAGACCCCUCCCCAUCUUUGAAUGUGAGGCAGAUAACAGUUUAUAUAUUUUUUUAAAAAAAAAGAAGGAAGGAAAAGGCCUUCUGCAAUUUUUUGUUCGCCAUCCAGCUUGGAAGCUGGCGAGAUCCAGUCUUACCCAUUAAUUAAUCAAUGGGCUCAUUUUAAGCUGCAGCUAAUAUCUGCGCUGAUCAAUCGUUUUAAAGCCUGCUGCCCUAUUUUUAGUGCAUUGGGUUGCUACCCUGGAUCUGUUUGGGCACUAAACCAAAUUAGGAACUGGAUUUACCAAGGUUUGAUUUGGGGUAGAGUUUCUAGUCCCUAUGACAUGAUGCCCUGGGAGUUUUGCAGCGAGGUUUUAUGCUGUGAACCACCCUGUGAUCUUCGGAUGAAGGGCAGUACAGUGGUACCUUGGGUUACAUACGCUUCAGGUUACAUACGCUUCAGGUUACAGACUCCGCUAACCCAGAAAUAGUGCUUCAGGUUAAGAACUUUGCUUCAGGAUGAGAACAGAAAUCAUGGUCCGGCAGCGCGGCGGCAGCGGGAGACCCCAUUAGCUAAAGUGGUGCUUCAGGUUAAGUACAGUUUCAGGUUAAGAGCGGACCUCCGGAACAAAUUAAGUACUUAACCCGAGGUACCACUGUAUACAAAUCUAAUAAAUAAAAUAAUAAUACUAAUUUUGGAAUCUUCCCUACACCUGGACUUGCUGUGUUGGUGUGACACAUAACUUUCUUUCCACCUUUCCCCCCUCUGCUUGACAAAAGCACCAGCCUGUAUUAUUUGGAGUGGGGGGUGGGGAAACACAGCUAUAUAAUAUAAAUGUUGUUUCUGUGUUCUCUCUCUCUCUCCACAGUCUCUGGAUGGGUUUGUGUUUGCACUGAACCAGGAGGGAAAAUUCCUUUACAUCUCCGAGACGGUGUCUAUUUACCUUGGGCUCUCGCAGGUAGGAGCUGUGUGAGCUGUGUGCUAAAACGUGAAUAAUACAUGCACAGACUGGAAAUAAAAGAGGGGGGGAAACCCCACUCAUGCGGCCAGAUGUAUAGCGCAUGAGUAUUAUGCAGCCGGGUGGGGGUUGCGCUGGGAACAGGCAAGAUUAUUCUCUGCAGCGUCUGCAAGGUGGAGAAUCUACAGGCUCCCAAAUACUUUGCGGGCUGCAGCCAGAUACCGUUGGGCAGCUGGAAUGGGCAGGAAUGGUUGCAGCCAACCCAUAAUUUGCUUACUAUGGUAUUCUCUAAGCAUGCAAAGCUGGGAGCUCUUGCAGACUUCUGAGAACCUCUGCUGCCAUUUUAAUAGGGAGAGAGAGCGCAUGUGUGUAGUCCUCAUGAGGACAGUCCUUUUUGCCCAUGCAUAAAGGAAGUUGACUUGUUUAGCUUAGGAGGUUGAGACCAGACGUGCUAGAGCAGCCUUUGUCAACCUGGUGCCCUCCAGCUGUGUUGCGUUUGCAAAGUAAAGGAAGGAUUGAACUCUGAUUAAUAAGAAUACACACAGAGACUUGAACCAGCAAGACUCUGGGAAGGGUGCGUAUAAUUGUGUCUCUCUGUGCUUGUCCGAUGUGCAGCCCCUGGCCCAGGCCGUUUUUAUUCACAAAAAAAACUUUUUACAGAGUGUUCGUAAGAACCAAUCAGAUUUCUUCUGAGCAUUUCCACAAACCCAUGUGGGGAGAAGUUAAACUACUAAAACUAAUUAAGCACAAAUAUUUCUGGGGUAAACAAAGAACAGAACGACAAAGAAGAGCAUCUGGCAACCCCGGAGGUAAUAAACAAGCAAUACACAUGAUAAGAAGGAUGGCCAGGAGGACAGUGACCAUUAUCCCCUUAAUGUGAGAUCUGCUUCCUGGCCCUAAGAUUAACAUCGUAAGAUUAAUAUACAUCAAAGAAACUUGCCCACUAUCUUUGAGGACCCAGGACGCCUGCCUGUCUAAGCAACUGGGCUGUGUACGUGACAAGAGAAAUGGGCAGUAGAGGAAAUGGCCAGAGUUGCAGAGGUGUAGAUUGAUCAAGAAUCAUAUCAAAAUAGUUCAAACCCAGUCAACGCAAUGCUUUCAUUGCUGACACAGAUGGCUUACUCUAUAUCUGUUAUAAUUCCUCAUAGCAAUCCCACCUGAUCACUACAUCUCUGGAUAUUUGCACUCCUACAAGCUGUUUUGGACGGCAAUUCUCAUCCGUCCCAGCCAGCACAGUUGCGCUCAAAAACAUCUGGUGGCCAGAGAUCUGGGACUCCACAAGUGAUUCUGGGAGGGUGAACAGGAUUGGGCAAGAGCCCCCCAAAAUGGACAAUAAAACACUGCUGAAAUGUGUACAAUGAGUAAGAAUGCAACUUUAAUUUGGCAAAGAAAUGUAUACAUACGAAUACAGUUUCUAAAAUGCAGUGAGAUAUGAUCUCAGCUACCCAGAAUGACGCCUAAAGGCAGGUGCAUGGGAAAGUGUGGGAUAAUGCUUGCUGUGAUGCAGCAGCAGUUUAACUCUCUGCUUGCAAAGAAAUCAGAAUGAUUGCUCAUUAAAUAGCCAAUGUAGCGGAUCUCCCUGCAAACCAAUAUGGAUGAAUGCUCUACAAAC